GUACCAGUAUCAACGUUAUAAAAAUGAUUGUCGUCUUCUUUAUUUUUAUCUUUUCUAUGCUGAUAGCCCUCUUGGAGGUAAGUGAUAAAAAAAAAGGAAGUACCCCCGAAUAUAAGCUGUACUGUUUUCCAAUUUCAGACCCUGAAAAGUUAAAGUGCGGCUUAUAUUUGCGACAUUUUACCAUAUACUGCUGAAAGUGGCUGGGGAGUGCGGGCUACCAACCAGUUUGGAGGCUAGGGAGCUGCGCGCCCAUCUCUCAGCUGGUUGGUCGUGUGUGCAGCUCUCUAUAAUCAUUUCGAUAUACCGGUAACUAAAACCCUAAACCUAAACUAACUAGAAUUAAUUACCGUAUUUUUCGCUCCAUAAGACACACCUUUUCCCUCCCAAAAAGUAAGGGGAAAUGUGUGUGCGUCUUAUGGAGCGAAACAGGGGGAGGCAAGCAGGAAAAGCCCCCAAGAGCCGCACACAAGCUCCGCGUGGCUAUUGCGGGCUUUUCCCCAGGUGGGAGAAGGGACUGAGGCAGCAAGUCAGUCCCUUCUCCCUCCUUGUAGAAAAGUCCGCAGGAGCCGCAGGAGUACCAUAUACUGCUGAAAGCGGCUGAAGAGCGGGCCACCAACUAGCUGGGAGGUGAGCGUGCAGCUCCCCCAGCCACUGCCAAGCAUAUACUGUGCAAAUUGGUUUUGUGGAAGUGGAAAAAAAGAAUUUUGAUCUAAAAUAACUAUUUUUCCAUUUUUCUAAGCUGCACCAGUUUCCAGUUGUACCUGAGCUGAGUAGUGACACGGUGUUUUUGUUGACAGUGAAGAUGAUAAAGGGGAUGCUGAAACCUUUCCAGUCUUGGCGGUGGCAGGGGGAGCUGCAUGUUCACCUCCCAGCUGUUGGCGGCCCGCGCUCCCCAGCCGCUUUCAGCAGCAUAUGGUAAAAGAUAGGCUUCCCAUCAACGGAGCAAGCCAGUUUGUCCCAAGACUCAGUUAUUAGAAAUAUCAGAGGUUCUAUCUAUAUACUCAUAGCUGUCUUUUUCACUGUGUGUGACAGAUCUUCAUCCAGGGAUUGAUAAAGAAAUUCCAGGGCAAAGGUAAGUAGAUGAAAGCAUAUCUCUGAAGACUUUUUUUUUGGUUUCCUCAGAAAAUAAAGAAGAAUGCUACAUGUUCUAUCCAGAGACGCCUUGCUGCUCUGCAGAAUUACAAGCUCUGGAAGAAUUGGGUAAGCUUUUAACUUAGUAAUGCAAAUACAUGCACACCAGGUAUAGGGAUGAUCCAGAGAUAUCAAAGAUAUUCUCAGCUCUUGUCCUGUUGCUCAUUGCCCCCCCCACCUCUUCUUCAGGCACUUGAGGCAACUAGAUGUGCUGAGAGGGUGCAUGUGAGGCUUUGAGCAGAGUUGGGAUUCUGGAGUUGCUGUGAUAGCUGCAGGAGAAAGUAGAAGAUUAACCUAAUAAACACAAAUACUUCACAGUGAGUUUAUUAACUUCACAGGGACUUACUUGAAAGUAAGUGUGCUCAGGAUUAUAUCGGAACAUUUCAGCCUAUGUAUAUAAAGUAACAUUAGAAGUUGUGUUCACUAGAGGUAAGCUUGCCCACAGAAUCUGCUAUAAUAAAAAUAUUAAUAAAUGAAAUAAUGGAAGAAACUUAUGCUUAAACAGCAAUAUCAUUUUGGUGCUACAUGGGUGGUGGAAUAGUAAUUAGUGGGUCUGGGUGCUCAAUGGGAAACCAAUGCAACCUAUUAGAGAUUUAGGAAUUAGCAAGCUACUGUAUCUCUUAGUACCCUUUGCCGAUUUAGUCCUACAGUUCCUACACAUCAUCAUCAUCAUCAUUAUUGAACCUACUUUAAUGCAACUAGGAAUUCUUUUAAGACCCCAUUUGUUGAGCUUUCCUAUGGGCAAGUCUGAAUUUGUGCCAGAGCUGAGCGGAAUUUUCCUCCCAAUAGCAGAGCUGAGUCCUAAAAGGCAAUCCUAAUGAGGGGCCACAGUGGAGCGGUAUUGUGGAUUUACCACUGCAUCCCAAGCUCUAAUCGCUUGUACUGGCCAGUGUAGAAAUUGGGUGGGGACAGUCAUUAUUUCCUUUUUUUACUGUGUGAUGAGGCCCCUUGAGAGAGAUGCAGGGCUUUGAACCCAGCAGAUCCAAACCCGUUAGCACCUUGCCCUGUCUUUGAGAUCUAACGCUUGCGAUCACCGGAGGUAGCUUGAUUUAUUUACGACUUCUUAUCUGCCCACCGCUGUAUUUAUUUAAUAAAUUUAAGUACCUCCCGGUUGUCAUAAAACCUCUAAGCAGAAGUAUUGAAAUUAUAAAUUGUAUUUAUUAUUAUUAUUUAUUGGAUUUAAGACAGUAGUCCUAGGCCUCACCCUGCAAUCUGAGGCUUGGUGACCCUCCUCCCCCCCCCUCAAAUCAAGGUGCCUAGUCUGACCCCGUUAUUUUGGCACCUGCUGAUGCAGAAAAACCCCACCAGAACCACCUUCUAGGAACGAAACCGAAGAGCCGCUUGCCGCCCUCUCACGACACUCCAGACCAGCCUCGUCUGAGGAGAGCCGCCUCGCUUUAACCUGGCAGCAUAAGUUUCGCUUGGCCGUUGGGCAAAGCGGGGCAAACCGUUGGCGGGCACGAGAGCGGCCGGCGGAUUUAAUUUCUGCCCCCUCCCUCCUCGCCCUCGGGAGCUUUAUAUGGUCUUGCGUGCCGCCGUCGCGCGAGGGGCCGCCUCCCGGAGGCUCACCGCUCUUGCGCUGCCCCCGCCAUCGCGUCUUGCGUGUACAGUUGCGCGUUCCGUCCCGUUUCGCGCGCGUGUGUCCUCUAGCUCCCACACCGGGCAGUGAGUUGGGGAGCGGAGGUGGUUUUGCUGAGUUGAUUGAGUCAGGCAGGCAGGCAGGCAAGGGAGUCACCCUGCUAUUUCGGAUCGCCUGAGGGCACGUUUGCUGCUUCCUCCCCCCCAUGCCUGCGCCUCAGCCGGGCGCGCAUCCCCAGCCCGCUUUGCGCGGCGGGGGCAAGAUGCGCGUCAGCAGCCCCUCAGAUUCCUCCCGCCCCCUCCCUCCCUCGCCGCCAACCGACACCCCCACCCCAUUUCCCCGCCUGAGGUAAAAAGUCCAUAGUUAGAGCCGGUGACUGGCUGCCCAGCUAUGCGAAGGGCGAGGGAGGAGGAGGAGGAGGAGGAGGGUGGGUGGGAAACCCUCCUGGCCAUUUCCUCGCCUCCCUCGUUCGCUCGCCUGCCUGCCUGCCUGCCUGCGAGCGGGGCUCGGGCGAGGAGCGGAGGCUUGUGGGUAACGAGGAGGCCAUAGCCGGAGCAGCGAUAGGAAUAAGUUCCCUGAGGCGGGAGCGGGGAAAGGAGGGAAAUGGUGGCGCGGUGGCUCCAGUGAAGGGGCAGGAACUUGGAAAGGGAGUGUGUGGGGGACCCCUUGAGUGACAGAAGCGGAGAGAAAGAGAGGAGCCCGAUCCCAGCGAGGCGGGCCUAGCCCUCCCUCCCUCCAACGGAGGAGGAGGGGGGAGGAAGCCGGGCUCCUCUGCUGCUGGCUUCCCUCUUUCCCUCCUACCCUCCCGCCUCUCGCCUUCUCCCCGUCGGGUAUUGACCUGGUGCAAAAUGGCCGAGGCGGCGUGGGGGGCCCGGCCGUGACUGGUUUUCCCGCCUAGUCGGGGGGCGAGGGAGGCGGCGGCAGUUUCCCGCGGGAACCGGCCCUCCCCUCCCCUCCGCCGCCCACCUUCCCCCCUCCGCGGGCCGUUCAUGCCUGGGAAGCGGAGGUGGCGGCGGGGGACGCCAAGCGGGCGGGUGGAGCAGCGGCGGCAGCGCCCGCCCCAAUCGGGGGACGACGAGGAGGCGGCGGUGCUGGUGGAGGAGGGCGAGGGUGGCCGCGGGCGCCCCGCUCUCUGUUGCUCCUGAGGCAGGCAGGCCUGGCCGGAGCGGGCCGGGACUGAGCGGCCCCGCCGGGUCCCCUUGGGCCGCUCCUUAGGCCCCGAAGCAGAUACCUACCGGCGGCGCUGGCGGCGGAAGGCGCUCCUCGCUUGCUGCUGCCGCCGCCGCCGCCCUCUCUUCCCGCUGCCGGACAGCCGUCGCCGGGCUUCCCUAGGCGCCCGGGGAGGGAGAGGAGAAAGAAGGCGGCGGCAACGAGGGACCCUCGGGGAGCGGGAGAAUGAACCACCAGCAGCAAGCGGUGAAAAUGUCCGCUUCGCCGCCGCCGCCCGAAUCCGGAGGAGGGAUCUCGGGGCGCCAGAGGAAGCUGGAGUCCAUGAUCCGGGACCCCAGGUCUCCAGUCAAUGUGGAAAGUUUGUUGGUGAGUUCGCCGGCGGGAGAAAGAGAUGCGAGGUUUUGGAGGGGUAGCUUCAUAUUGGAGGAAAGGGCAGGGAUGGGAGAGAAACUUGUGGGUUGGGUUGUUGUUUUGGGGGGAGGGAGGAGAGGAUUUUAUUUGGUGGGGGUGCCUUGAGUUCGACCCCCGGGUUUUAAGUGACUGAAGAAAGAGGCUGGCCGCCUUGGGUGUAUGGGAGCCUGGAUCCCACUUUUGCUUUGGAAGGGAAGAGUUGGGUGGGGGAGAGAGGAUGUAAAGAGGCACAGUUUUUUCGCUACGGGCUGGUCUGGGAAAGGGUCCUGUUUAGAUAAAGCAAGGGUUAAUAAUCGCUGUCUGUCCUCUUCCUCCCGCCCCUCUCCACACACCCCAAAAUCUAGAGGCAGUGAGGGAUUUUUGGUUGAGAUACUUGAUUGGAUGGACGGUGCAGUUCUAAUGAACAUUCUUUUCUUCUUCAGGGAGGAGUGAAGGCGGGGAAGGGUGCUGGCAGUCGCGUUCAGUUUGGCCUAAUGAAAGCUCUUUCCCCCCCACCUUAGAAAGCUGGGAAGGGGGAUGGGUGGGAGAGAAGUAAAGAAGAAACAUGCCAUUGAGGGUGCAGGCAAGGGUUGUGGGGAGAGAAACGUUUAUGUGUCGCAGAGUAACUUUUUGUUUACUCAGUGGUGUGGUUAGGAAUGAUUCUCACAUCAUUCCUGAAUGUAUUUAUUUGGAGGGUGAAGUCGCAGCUGAGCUUGCUUCUCAGUGUUGGUUAGGGAUGCAGGGGUUCACUUUGAUCCUAAACUUUCAUGUUGGAUGUUUCAUUCAAUGAUUUGCAAAUAGUUUGGUGUAAAUCUGCCUGUGUUGAGAUGUUAGUCCAUGUUUCAUGUCAGUGUCAUCUUUGAUCCCUUUGUCUUUGGCUUUCCAAUAAACUUCGUUAAUGGGAAACCAUUGUUGACAUUCCGCUUCCAAGCACUGUGCAGAGUACUCAAAAAAUUAUGGACGUACUUUGGGAAUAUCUAUUUUGGGAAGGUUGUUUAGUAGGAGCUAUUAACUUCAUUAGCUACAUAAACAUAAGCAUUUCUCUUUAGCCUUAUGUUUUUGCAAAAAACAAAACCCUUUCCUUUCCAUUGGAAAGCCCAUUAAGCAAGAAAUAUAGGUCUGAAAUUUUUCCAUUUCUAAACAUGUGGUGUGAGCGGUACAAUAAGCAAGUUCCCUAUAUAAGAAAAUAGCUUUUGGGAUAUCACAUACUUUAUCCCUCCUCUUGGAGAAAGAGGAAUGGGAUUUUUGUUUCUGUUCCAAGAGUUUCUCUCUGCAGACAUUUUUUUUUGGGGGGGGGGCAGGGAGAAGCAGCUGGAGUCAUUUGCAAAAAUGACUCAGUCCUGCUUGGCCAAAGUACAGGAACUGACUAAACUGUGUGUGUGUCUGUCUAUGCCGGAGGCAGUAGGGAUCUAUGCUUGUUACAGACCACUUCAGGGUGUACUGAUGGUAUUCAUGACACUUGAAAAGUAUUGCAGAAUGUUUCAGUAGGCUAUGCUUGUGUUCAGCAAAGAAUGCUGCUUCUCAGCAUCCAGUCUCCAUGUGCUUAUUUUCCUCUUCAUUUAGUGAGCCUUCUGGCUACAGAAGCAGAAGCAGUUAUGAGAGUAGAUAACAUAAAUUUCAAAUAAAUACUUAAUUUUGGGAUGACUCUUCCUUCCCUCCUCAGCAAUUCAGUCUUUUACAGUUGUUAACUGUUGGAUUGUUGUAUGAGUAGGACUUUAUAUAAUCAAAGUAAGUCAUUUCAAGUAAACUUUCUUCAUACAUGUACAUUUAUAAAUUGCCAUUUGUUUGUACAUGUAUAGCUGCUUUUCAUCUGCACCUGUGUCAGUUUUCAUCUAGUAACUCUAGUAGUAGAAAGGAUGGUUGUGUGUUUCCUUUUAUUAUAUGUAAUUUGUCAGUAUAGCCUUUUUCUGUGUAUGGCAUUGUUUGUUGAUAUCUAUGGUUGAGACUUUGACGUAUUUAGCAAAUGAAUAAACUCCCAACUGUGCUAUUUGUGUGGAGAGGUUGCAUUUUCAAAGUGUAUUAAUUCUCAAUAUAAAUUGUAAUACUCAGGAAAAGCAAAGACUUGUACAAGAGUUGUAACCCCCUUUUAUAGGAAUUUUUAUAGCCAGUGCCACACAAGAUGUCACAGUAUACCGCCCUCUUGAUCCUAACGAAGUUCAUACCUUUCUAAGUUUUUUAUUGCACUUUGGCUAAGUAUAAGGGGAAAGAAGUCUUGUUCUAGUUGCCAUGGGCAGUCUAGGCACUUUUUUGCAGUGACGUUUAUCGCCAUUAUUGUUAUCGAUUUCAUUACUAUACUCUUAUAUUUUAAAGGAAAAAACUCAAAGCGGUUUACAACACAUUAAAACAUCUAAGAAAACAAUCCAGAAGAAAACAAAUUCAAGCUUCAAGGAAAAUAUUUCAGAUCCUUCUCUAAUAUUAAUUUAAUAUAGCUGCCCCAUAGCAGAAGUACUCUAGGAAGCCAGUGUAGUGUAGUGGUUAAAGUGUCUGACUAAGACCUGGGAAAUCAGGGUUCAAAUCCCCACUCAGUCACGAAGCUCACUGGGUGACCCUGAGUCAGUCACAGCUUCUUAACCUACCUUACAGGGUUGUUGUAGGGAUUAAUUGAGGAGGGGGAUUAAUCAUGUACUCCCUGGAGGAAAAGGUGGGAUAUAAAUGCAAUAAAUAAGCUCUUCUGCUUUCCUGCUUUAAAAAGCUGGUGCGGCUAGCCAGGUGGAAAUGUCAGUCACCAACCUGGCAUUUGGAGAUCUCCACGGGGCCACAGUUAGACCUGUGCCAGUCACAAAAUGCUCCUGGUGCCAGGGGAAUUUAAUGCACGGUCUGACCUGCUGCACAAUGCCUCCUCUUGACGAUAGGGUUUGAUCUAAAGGCAUUAUUUGUUGUGGUAGAUGGGGAAAUGCACUCCCAAACUGAUAUUCAACAAAUACUAUUCUGGAUCUGAUUAUUUUUUUAAUAGAAAAAAGUUAUCUCUUUAUGAAAGAUAAUAGGAAUCCCUACUACUGUUGUGCAGACAGACCAAGGGUGAGAGAGUAACUUGCCCAAGAGCAUGGUGUCUAUGAAAUAAGAGCACAAGCCUAAGUCCACUCUGUGAAUUUCUAUAUGCCUUCCAUGUACUUCCUGUUGAGAAGAUUGAAGGACCCAGCUCAUAAAACUUGGCAUUCAAACAAAACUCACAGAAAUCGUGAUUGGUAACUUCCUGACAUAUUUUUAUAUUACUUGGAAUCUACAAAUAUUUACAUUUAAUAUCAGUGGUAUGCAAGGCCUUAGUUUGGGGUUCAGAAAGCCCCUUGGUGCUUAUGAGAAUGGAAUGCAGCUGCAUUGAGAGGUGGGAAUUCUUCCUUUCCCUCUCAUGGCCGGAGCAGAGGUAACUUGUUAAAUAAAAUAUAAGGAGAACAUGGGCUAAUGCAAAUGAUGGUAACAGUAAGAAUGUAUUAAAGAAAUUGAGGAUGUUGCCAAUAGAGUGGGAAAUCUGCAUAGCGUGUGCCACAGAAAUUAGGUGAGGUUUAGUAACACAAAGUUUUUUCGUAUGCAGAUUGGAGCUAAUAAGUGCAUUUACCUUUUGUUGAAGGUUCAUCCGUAUGGAUUUGAGAGUAAAGGGCCUAUAGUCCCGUCACAAUCUCUUGAGCUGACGGAGAGUAAGGCAAGUAGACAUUUUCAUAACAAGCCACUCUGAAUAGAAUUGAUUUGAUUAAGGAUUAGCUAAGAACAAAUGCGACAAUAGUGUACAACAGAGGUUUUCAACCUUUUUGAGUCCACGGCUCCCUUGACCAACUACAUUAUUUCUGGGACUCCCCUGUGGGGAAACAUGCUCUAAGCCUCAGAAGCCAAGCUAUGUCACCCCUUGCCUGCAGAGCCGGCAGCCCCGCACCCCUUUUUGAACACCCUCCGUAGUGGAGUGUGUCCUCAGCCUCUUCUCCUCUCCCCUGGUCACCACUGCCCUGGUCUCUUGAGCUGCAUCCCCCCACCCCAGUGAGAGCUGCCUCCUCUCUCGCCAGCCCCAGAGGCACCAUUCGCCUGGGUAGCUUGUAGCUAGGACUGCUGCAACAAACAGCCACAUAAGCCUUCGGGAGGCAGAGACAUGAGAGGGCAUCAGAGGAGGGAGAGAAGGAAAGAGGGACAGAGGCCAGUGUUGCCCACUGGACCCCUGCCCAUUCAAGGCACCCCAGGAUGGCACGGCACACUGGUUGAAAACCACUGGUGUACAAGCUUGGUCUAAUAAUCCAUUGGCUAGCGAUCCAUAUCUAUCCAUUGCUCUGAUAAACCUUCAUUUUCUCCUCACUAUGAGCUUUUAAAGCUAGAAUGCACAAGCAUUUUUUCUCUUCUUCUCACUCUCCACUGACUAGCCACGAUCCUUUAAUGCCAGGAUAGCGGCAAGAAAGACAGCAACACUCAGUGCAACACCGAGUUUAUUGCUAAUAGGGACUCUGGGGGCUGAAUCUCUCAUCAUGCUGUAUGGGAGACAGGUUGAAGGAUGACUCCUCACUCUUCCCCUUCUACUACCUAUCCUGGCUAUAGAAAAAAUGGAAAUCUGUUGAGAAGAGAACAUCACAGGUGAAGUGCAUCCAGGUGGCUUUUCUCUGAAGCUGAGGCAAACAGUGGUAGUAAUUAAUUGGCCCAAUGUCUUACUCUUCUCCCAUCCUCAGGUGUUCCACCUAAGACUUGCCCAGGCCACCCAAAUACUGUCCGUGCUACAAAGCUGUCCUGAUAAUCAUAGUGCUGCUCAGAAUUCCAUAGUAUCCAAACUUCAGUCAGGACAGGCAGCAGUCGUGGAUGAGGCUGUUGUUGGCGUAGGUCCCCCAGUGUAGCUUCCACUUUCCCCGACAGGAUUAGUAGCUGUUUAAUUCUGCAGGAGAGAGUGCUCUGUGUACAGCCUUCCAAUGCAAAAUACGGAGUUGCAAUGUGGUGAUUGCACAUGUUGCAAUCUGCUGUAUAGAGAAAUGCCGCAUAUUUGACUUUAAGAGUUUGUGUCUGUUGUAAAUACAGCAUAACAUUGUGGAAGCAAUACACAUGGUUCUCUUCCUGAAACUUGGGCAAAUACCAUUUCUCAUUUGGAUAUUUGCUUGGAGACAGUUGCUCCCUGAGGUGAGAGCUGGUGACUAUAUAUAGAAAGACUGAGUUAGAGAAUUCUGGCUUCUCAAUGUAUUGUUGCCCAGAAGCUACACAUCUAGCGUCAGGUGUGUCACUAUAACAGAAGUCCUACUUGGCUGUUAUAUUUACAUGUAGUCUACAUGCUGUUUGGGUGUUCUGCUCAUGUGUAAAUUUACAUGGAAGCAUGGAUGGGUGUGUUAAGCUCUGCUUCCCCCAGGCCAGCUUUGUCUCCUUCCAAUGCAUGUAGAGCAAGAGUCUGAAACAGGGAGCCUCCAUGAGUAAAGGAGGCUUCAAAAUCAUACCUUUAACCUCCAUAAGUCAAGGGCCUUAAGUGGGCUUGCCCUCAUUCUUCCUAGUUGUGUGUAGGUUUGCAGCUGAGCAGAUUGCCCAAAUAGGGCUAGAAUGAAAGGCAUUUCUGUCAUCCAGAUUCUGUUUUGUACAAAGCUGUAUUCAGAUUUUUAUCAAGAUGUGAGAAGGCUUAAAAAGUGCUCUCCCACCCCAAGGAUCCUUGAUUGCACAGGCUGCUCUUCAGACCUUAACAUGUUUGUCUUAUCUGGGCUCCUGAUUAUGGGAUGUUUUCUAAGCAUGUUCACUGAAAUCCCAUAGAAACCUUCAGAUCUUCAUGCUAAACACAGAAAGGUCUGAAAGGAAACCUACACACUUGGGGAAGUUGAGGUGAGAUUUCCACUACACAACAACAACAACAAUUUAUACCCCACCCAUCUGGCUGGGUUUCCCCAGCCACUCUGGGCAGCUUCCAACGAAAUAUUAAAAAUACAGUAGUCUGUUAAACAUUAAACGCUUCCCUAAACAGGGCUGCCUUCAGAUUUAAACCCUCACAUAUCCAGACAAAUGCUUUAAUUGGUCUCAAAGUGUCUUUGGCCUUGUAAUUUAAAAAUUGUGGAGCUGUCAUUCAUUCAACAGCACCUAUGGGUUGUAUCCAAUGUUAGUCAUAGAGUACACCCAUUUAAAUGAAUAGACAUGAUGUAACAUUGAUCUAUUAAUUUCACUGGAUCUGUUUUGAGUAAAAUUUAGUUGCAUACAAAACAGCCACACCACCACCCUGAAAACAAGUAGCAAAUUUGGAAGAAACUAUAGUCGCUGGUUAUUUCUCUCUGAUACUUAGUUUUCAACAUGUAGGGAAGUUUAUUUUUUUGUGGGAAAGAGUUGAAAGAUUCCUUAUCUGUAGUGUGAAGUACAACUUUUCCACUAGAUUCUGAUGAAGAUAUAACUUGUGAUAAGUUGAGAUUCAGUUGCACUCUAUGCUGCCAAAGGAGAAUGAUCUUGCCUUGAGCUAGGAAUACAGUAUGAUAAUAACCUCUAUUAAUUCACCUGUCUCCUUGUAGUUAGUGUGUUAUUAAAGAACCAUCUUCUCUAGUGAUUAAAAGCAGUAUGUAAACAAAUGCUUCCAUAAAUAUCCUUGCACUGUGCAAACCAAUAAAACCCCCACAAAAAAGUUGUGAAGCAAUCAAGCAGAUAACAUACAUAUAAAAUGCAUAAUUGACUGCUUGCAGGUGGUUCCUUUGUGUUAUCUGGUGGAUUUACACUUCACAUUUCUCUGUCUCUGUGCAAAAAUACAGCUUACAUCCUUCAGCAGAUGCACACAAAAUAAAUCCUUGAUGCAAAAUCACAUUUUUAAGCAACUUUUCGGACAGCAACUUUGCCCUCUUCAAUGUGUUCCUCUCUGCCAACCUGUUAGGGUCUAGAGCUACCCCUGCCACUUGCUGUUCUCUUCUGCCAAACCCAAUUUGCCCAGUAUUGCUUUCUUAAUGUUGUGCUUUUUUGUAAGUACUAGGUAAGAGACUAUUUGGUUGUGUUUUGAUUUAAGGGAAAGUGUUAUUGGGCACCGAUUCUGAAACAGGGUUAACUUGAUGAUGCACUGUUGCAGUCAAUUGUUAACUGACUUUGGCGAUCACUUGUAGCCGGAUAAGAUUGUCUUCCUUGAAUAUGGUCUUAACGGUGAGUCUGUAAGUGACUGGAGGCCAAUUCUGAAUUCACACAUCCUUCCACAGUGGGGACAUAGGUUUCUGGGUGAGAGUUGAUCACGGUGAGGGUUUGCCACAUGUGCCUUCCUCUUAGCUCGUUUCUACUUUUUGCCGAGUUUGUGCUUCUUCAAAGUCCAGGAUGCCUUUGGUAAAGGCUGUUCUCCAAUUGGAGCACUCACAGGCCAGUGUUUCCCAGUUAUCAGUUUUUAUACUACAUUUUUAAAGAUUUGCAUUGAGAGAGCCUUGAAUCUUCCUUUGUUGUCCAUCAAUAUUUCACUUUCCAUUCUUAAGUUGGGAAUAGAAUACUUUCUAUUACAAUCAGGCAUCUGAACAACAUGACAGUCCAACAGAGUUGAUGUUGAAGAAUCAUUGCUUCGAAACUGGUGAUCUUCGCUUCUUCCAGUACACUGACUUAGUUAACUCAGGCAAUGUUAUAGUAUGGUUUGCUCACACAUCAACAAGAUUUGUAAUUUAUUGACUCUUUCUCUCCUACUGUUUGUGCAAUGGGUGAAUGAAAAUAACAUAUACUCUCCUGUGAAAGCAGAGAGGUGCUGACAGUUUGUUCUUGUAUCAUCUUGAUGUGGUUAUUUAAAUAGCUCAUGCUGCUUCUUUUCUCCUGGGAACUAUGGGUGAUUAUGAAACAUAAAGUUUGAGCUAUACCCUCACCAGUGUUCCGUACACUUGAAAACACACCAUACUUGUAGGGAGUCACAAGGAACAUGGUUACUCACUUUCUUGAACACUGGCACUUUGACAGCUCACACGUUAAAAUUAAUAUAUAGUUAAAUGUCACAAAUGCCACCUUCUGUAGGAAGUGUUAAUGUGUAGGGCCUUAAUUUUGAAGUGUCCUGUCAAUUUUUCACUUUUCAUUAACCAGUUUAAUUGUGGCUACAGUUUUAUUGUGUUUGGAUGCUUUUAUUUAUGUUUUUUAAAAAAACACUGCAAAAAGUUAAUUUUUCUAAAGAAGCCAUAGGUUGUUGAGAGAAGUCUAUGAUUAACAGCUAUUCCACUUUUGAAGGGAUUUAUCCUUAUUUUAAUGGAAGAUGUUGCUGCACAACUUAGCAAAUAGCUCUUGUCUCAGAAUACAAACUGAGAACUCACUUAUUCAGAAACUCUUAGUCCACCUUAGUUUUGCAGUUCUUGACUGAAUUACCUAGUCAAACUGUUUAUUGCAUAUUUGCCUUAAAAGUUUACUGUCAACUUCAAGCAGUAUUGGUUAAAUCAGUUCCCAGAUUCUCUUUCUCCCCACACAAGUGGUCUCUACUGCCUUAAGAAUACAUUUUGUGGUCAAUGCAAGAUGUAAAUCAAUCAUGAAUAUAACUGGCAAGAAUUUCAAUGAGUGUUGUGGUAGUUUGAAAAAGUGCUGCUAUGAUUGCAGAAAUCACUGCUGUUAACUCGGAUUAGUAGAUUCACAUGUAAUAGUUGUCUGUGCAAGCAAUGUGGAAUGACUGUUUUACAUGUACAGUACUGCAAAAUGUCUUGUGUGAUGCAGUCCUUAGCAUUAGGUAAAUUAGAUGUUUCUUUUAAGUUAAAUAGAGAGUAUUGAUUCCUCCCCAAUAAAAAAUGUAUAAAUUAAGCAUCUGUUUAUUCCAGUUAACUCUGGCUGUGUUGUGUGGGAAAGGAUAUUGGCUUUAAGAUUAUGUGCAAACUAUGGGACUGUUUCCAGUUGUGAUCUGAGGAAGUCUGAGAGGACCAGAAAGCCUUAUUUGUUCAUUUUGCAUCAGGAUGUGACUCCCCGCCCUUUCUCUCUCCCUUGUGCUUGUUCCUGAUUCUUAUGGCAGGAAAAUACAAAAAUAAACUUCUUGCAGUCUGUUUCCCCAUGGAAAAAAAAAUAACCCUUGAAUUUAUGUAAACUCAACUAUUGAUAUGUGAUGGUGAUGCUGUAUGAAUUCUUUUUAAGCAACUCAGCAAAUUAUGCUACAUUUAUAUGAGACAAUAAUACCACUUCUAGUGAUACUAGAUUGUUACUUGAGAUGUGUACUGAAAAUAUGUGACAGUUUUAGUGAAAAUAAUUUUCAGUUCUGGGCUAUUUAAAAUAUGCAGUUCAUUUAAAAGCAGUAUCAAAUGUGUGUUGCAGUUUGUACUAUAAAUUGAGUUUCCAAGUUAGGGGUAUACAUUUGUUCUUGUCUAAAGGCCAGUUCUCAGACAUUCUUUUGACUCCCCUCCCCCAGCCCUGCAUGCAGUUACCCUAGAGAAGCAUUGUGUGAACUGGAGGUAUGUGGGCAGGUUAGCUGCCAUGAUCAUGCUGUUGAGUUCUUCUAUGCGGUUGCAUUCUUCUGUGUGCAUUUUGGGGGAAAUAUGGGCUCAAAGUCUAAUUAGUUUGUUAGUUUGCACUAUGAGUUAAAAAUGUUUGUUCAAAUAAACAGAAAGCAGGACUGGUUCAGAGGGCUAUUUAUCCUAGGUAGUUGGGACCAGUUAUUGAAUAGUAAUGGACACCCCCAUAAAGCACCAGGUUUUGCCAUACUUAACACGGAGUGUAAAUAUGUUGCAAGGUUCAGAGUUUAAAAAGAAAAUAGUUUACAACUUUACUGUGUUUAGAGAGACUGUUUUAUUUUAUGAAUGAACAUUGUGGAAAUACAGUACAGAGAUAUAUUUUAGUUCCUUUUCUAAGCUACUCCAUUUCCUCUAGUUCUGUCUCCACAGUAGGCUGGGCUACAUAAAGCAAGGAAUCUUCUGGCUAUUGCUCACUUUUGCUUUUGCACCUGCAGUGUGUCUCCUUCACAGUGUAUAUGAGUUUGACAUUGCCCCCUUUACUUCUGUAUUUGGCAGAGGUUUUGGCCAGUGAUUAAGGGGGAUGUUUAUAUGGAACACAAACUAUAGGUAAAUGGAGUCAUUUUUCUAUAGUAGAUGUAUUAACAUCUGCUUUCAUGAUAAUAUUGAAUGAGUGGAGAGUAAAAAGGCUGUCUUAAUGUAUAACAGUUCUGGGGAAUUGUGGUCCUGUGUUCAGUCCUUGUUUCUGACAUCCUGGGCCUGAAGAUACUUCCCAUAGCACUUUUCAUGGAGGUACUUAAUGCUUUUGACACAUAUCUUGAUGGCUGGACCCCCCUGACUGUUUAAUUUAGAAGCUGGAUAAAAUGGGCCUGCUCAUUUUAAUAGCAAACCUAUUGCUUUGUUAAGUUAGCAAUGGCCACAAAACAUCAGUUAGUAUUCUUUGGCUUGGAAAUAGGAGAUAGUACUGAUAUUGUCAGCAUUCCCAUAGUGAAAUGACUAGCAUUUUAUUGACAUACACAGGCUGCAAGACAGGGAUCAAAUUCUUGUGUUGUGAGAUUUCAACAGUGCUUUGCAUGUUCUGUUAAUAGGUAGCUAAAGAGGUUCCUGGGUUGCAUGUAAAUUUUUGCUGAGUGGAUGACACAGACAGCAAGCCAGUUGAAAAGCAAUACAAUGUUUAUGUAACUCUUUUCAGUUUGAGCCUAGUCAGGAAAUGCAAUACUAUGCCGUGAAGGACUUUUGUGCAAACUAAUUACACAGCUCAGCACUGUAGAAUAUUUUGUAGAGAAUCCCCCCCCCCCUUUCAUUUGUAUUUGUUGCAAGGAAUUUUAUCUCAGGUUGGUAGACUAAUAUCAGUGUAGAUAAAAUCUCUUAGGAGUUGCUUUUUAAAAAGUUAAAUAUUGUAUUCAACUAAAUAACCGUGCAUAUGGAACAACUUCCGGGAGCAUAGCAGAAUCCCCCCCCCCCAUGCCCUGUCUCCAAAUUCUCCUCUAGGGGGUUGGGGUAACUCCAAGAUUUGAAGGGGUUAGGGGAGGAGAGUUGUGAUUAUCGGGGAGGGCACCAGGCUGGAGAAGGCAGCUCUAGAACAAGAAAAAGGUAUGGGUUUAUUGUGUAUAUAUGCUGUAAGGAAGCUUAAAUGCUGUUAUAAACAUAUAUCCUUGAUAGAAAGAGCCAUUGGAGUCAUUGAGGCAGAAUUCAGAGAAUACUAGUUAGGAUUUGAAUGUAGGCUUUUGAAGACUUAGCAUGAAAGCUUAGAGAGUUUAUUUUCACAACCACAAAUGUAACUGUAAAAACAACAAGAUGGAAAAGGAUUAGUUUGCCUCUUAAAAAAAACAAAACUAUUAACUUGUGUCAAAAGUGUUGGUAUGACAAACUUCCUUUUUGGAAUUUGGAGCAUGAGUUCACUUUGUUCAGUGCCUAAUUCAAAAAAUAUUUUCCAUUACAUCUAUUACUGAAAAGCAGAGAACUUCAAACUUUAUUCCCACUAAAGUACUUUUUUUGGGGGGGGGGGGAGGUGGAGGAAUUCAUCGUUGCCUUGACUUUGAAAACAGUUGGCAAUUUAGUUCUUUAAAGGCGCUCCAGAUAUGAUUCCAUUUCUGAAAGUGGAUAUUAAAAGCUUUAUUCAUAAAAAUAUUUAUUCUGAAGAUUCUGAAAAUGUUCAUCUGCUGUCACAUUACUGAUAGAUGCUACAUUUUAUCUUAAGAAUGUGCUAUAAAGACUCCAGAGUGGAUCCUAAUUUGUUUUGGUCCUAGAGAGAUUCGGAGCAAAGAGCCUUUCUUGUGAGAUGAAUUGCAAAGCUGGUUUAACAGAUAAACCCUCAUAGUCCCCCUCUCUGUGCUUCCACACCAUAUUUUUGUAAAUUUUAAAGCCUCUUAAGACAUGGAUCUUGAGUUCAAGUUCUCUCCAUAGAUGGAGGUGUUGUCUAGACUUUAAAAAUAAUAUCUUAAGCCGCUUCUUAAAAUAUUCAUUCCAGGGGUCAUAUUUUUGCACAGAGGUAAGCAGUAUGAUAUCAAGCCUGACUGCUGCCAUUUGAAUUCAGCAGUUAACUGAAAAUGAAUACUAAUAAUACAGUGGUGUGGGUAGAUGGUUUUUGGGCUGAGGAAUUGGCAUUUGGUCUGUUUUGGAUGUGGCUGCUCUUCCUUCCCCUGAAAAAGCAGGUGGGCAUGUAGAAUAGUCUUAGAGCCAGCUUUGUUUCUAGAGGCCUACCUGCCCUUGUUGGCACAAAGCACCAGCUGAUUUGCUAGUUGUGGUCAUUUCUGGACAGGGACAGUUUGACUACAGUGAUUAAAGCUCUGGUGCAUUUUAUGUGGGGCUGCUCCUGAAGGUGAUUUGGAAGCAACCAGAAUCUUAACUGGUAUAGCUGGAUUUAUGUAUAUCUUGCCAAUUUUAAAAUAACUUCCAGAAGGUAGUUAAGCUGCUGGUAUUUAACUUUGAAGCUCUAAAUGGCUUGGGACCCAAAUACCUGAGGGAUCUCCUCUUGUCAUACCUAUGUGCCCAGAGCACCCCUUCCUUUGCAACAAGUUUAAAAUCCAUCAAGUUAAAAGCCAAGAAAAUAAAUCUGGGGCUUUAUGAUCUGGUGAGGCCCUCUCCAGUUGUCUCUUUUUUCAGAGGUGUAUUAUUGAAUAAGAAAGGGCAAAAAAAGGGGGGGGUUCCUGGCAAUGGAAAUUUGGUUAUGGAAUGCCCUCCCUAAAGUGGAUCACCUCACUUCAAAAUUGCAGUCUUUAUUGGCACUAGACAAAAGUGGUCUUUUUCAUUUUCGCUUGUAAUUUUAGUUGUGUUAAAGAUUUUUAUCUAUUCUGUCUUUGUAUUUGCACUGUGAAAGAAUUGAUUGUACACUGCCCUGAAAUACUAAACAGGAUGAAGGGUGGUAAAAUGUUUUGAAUAAAUAAAACAUUGAGCAAUCCUAAUAUUCCUAUCACUACCGCCUUCAGCACACUCAAGGCUAGAGCUCCACCCUCUUCUAUGAUGUUGACGAUUAUGUGCUUUUAUUUCCGCUGUUCGUUGCUGAAUGUUUUAGGAAUUUGUAUUUAAUUUUUGCACUGUGUAGUUUUAUACGCUGCCUCAAGUUUUAAGUAUGUACAGAAAGGAGCGAUAUACAUUAACAAAUAAAUAAAACAGUGAUAUCACUUACUAUGUCUAAAAUAAAGAAAACAUUUACUAAUGAAAGCAAUAAUCACCAUGCUAUCUCCUCCCAGGGAAAAGACCUUCAGUUCAGAAAAGUUUUCAGUGAUUAUUUGCAAAUAUGUCAGUUGACCUCCCCUAGACUUUUUUUUGAAGACUAGGUUCUGAGAGCUGAUGCAGAUGUUCAGUAGGGCAUUCUAUUCUUGAUAGCAUUGUAAAACACCAGAGAUUCACAUGCAGGGUUACAUGUUUGAUUUUUUUUUAAUGUUAAGAUCUCACUGUAUGUGAGAUUCUUGCAUCAGGCGUUUUUACUUGGCAUGCUAAUGGUUCAUUCCUGAGCAAGUAUAUACCAGUAGGCUUGCUUUUGAAAUUUUUUUUGCAAAGUGACCCUUCCCCACGCUAUCAGUGGCUAGUAAUCGUGAUUGCUUUAUGUUACCUCCAUUAUCAGAGGUAGCAGUUCCCUAAAUUCCAGUUGCUGGGGAAUAACAGCAGGAGAGUGAGUUUCACAAAGGGCAUCUGAUUUGCCACUGGAGAAAAGAGGAUUCUGAACUAAAUCAACCUUUGCUGGUCAGAUCCAGCAUAGCUUUUCUUUGGUUCUGUGAUUUCACCUCUUACUGCAGCUCUCAGUUUUUCAUCCCACAUAGUCCAGUGGCUUCAUCAAGGAAUCUUUUGCCCAACGUUGGGCUUGAACCCACUUCCCUGAAAUUAAGAGUCUCAUGCUCUACCAAUUGAUCUAGCUAUGACAAUAGACCCAUUGCAAGAGCAAACUUCUUCUCACACACUGCAGGAUCUAAUUUGUAGAUUCCCAAGAUGCUGUAAUAAUAACUUCAAAUUAGCAUGUAACCACAUGCAUGCAUACAUACUCUCCUUUUCUUAUUUGCUCAUAAGGAAAAGUGCUAAAAAGUAAACUCCUUUGCUUUGCCAUAAGCAGCAAUAUUUUCAGCAUAGGGCUCCUUUUUGGGGCCCUUGUCCAGUCCCGGGUAUCCAUUCUGCAUUUGUCUUCCUGCUCUAGGAAUAUUAUAGAUCUUUAGCUUUUUACAAUCCAGAACCCACCUUUAGCUCAAGCAUGCAUUUUGAGGAUCUACUUCUUAAUCUUUUACUACAUGUGUGUAUGAUGUUACUGUUGCUGUUGCAACCAGCCUUAUGUCAGACAGCAGUCCAGUAAUGGGUCCUGAACUUAAUCUACCAACUGAAGACCCGUGUUGUAGAACUCUAGCCAGAAAGUUGGUGUUAUAAACUCCUUUAAUAAGAGACAUGGAGAAAAUCUUUAAAAACAAUUAAAAAGGGGAGAGAGAGAGAGACAGAGAGACAUGGAACAUAUGUGCAUGUAUCAAGGGGUGUGUCAAGUGUUGUCGCAUUUAGUUUCUAUGUACACUUCCAUAAAGCCUCAGGUCUGUUUGUGCAACUUUUUUAUGACACUGUCUGCUUUAAUGUGCAAGCUCAUGACAACCUAUUCAUUAUUACUCAUAAUGGCCUCUCUAGCAUAAGGUCUGGCAGGCAUUAUUGUGAGUUUUGUGCUUUGUGGUAUAAUGUCCCAUUCUUUGUAUAAGGUUGCCUUGUGUCCAGACCUGGAUUUUCUUCAUUAGGUGGUUUUUAAUGCUUACCUUACCAGUGGUGUUUUCUCCGCCACCAAAUCCCCAGGAGGUCAGAAUGCAUGACUUGCAUACUUUGAAAGAGUGAUGGGGCAAGCAGCUGUCUACCCAGAUAGGACAGCAAUCUUGUGGAAGGAUAGCAUCAUAUUUGUGUGCUGUUCUUGUGUGUUGCUAUUCAGACUUUCACAACAGAAAAUUACUUGCCCCAUGGGGAUUCUCCUUUCUCUCAUCUCCCUUCACUCCCCUGCACAACCCCAUCAUCUGCUCUUGAGGAUACUUCAGUCUUCUGGUACCCAUGAAAACUCAGAGUCUGGGGCACCUGCCCAGGGGCACCACUGGAAGCCUUCAUGGUUACUAUGACACCCAGGGACGCCAGUUUGGGGACCUCUGCAUUACUUGUUCUUUAGAAUUGAUUGGAGCAUUUAUAUGGUAGAAUAUAGCAAUAUUUGUUCUUCAAAAUAACUCCAUAAGAAUAUAUAACAAGUACAUUGCUUAUUAUUGGCAAAUUUGGUGGAACUCCUUCAGAUAUUACUAUUGCCUUAUAUAUUUUGAUAGCUGGAGAUAUGGGAGGUGUAUGUGUUAAAUAUAUUCUGCUCCUUUAUGCUUCAUCAGAAUCAAAGUCUUCAACCAUGAGCAACUGUGAUAGAGAUGGAUAUGUGCACACAAAGCAGCGUGGGUUGUAUUUUCAGAUCAUGAGUCAAUUCGAAGAAAGAUUAAUAUUUCUAGAAAUCCUAUUUAAGUAUCCAGUGAAAGGAUUUCCAGUUAGGUCAAACAUGCAGGAUUGAAUAUGUACUUAGCUGGAAGUAAUGCAGCUAUAUAUGCUGUGACCUCUCAAGCAUCAAGGUAUGCUGCAAGGUACCAGCUCUUAUAUUUUUAGCUAAUGAUGAGUACAUUAACUUUAUAUAUAGUAGGAAACUCUAUUUUAAUUCUGCAAGCAUAGAUAUGUUUCUGGCUGACAAUGCAGAUGCCUUCAUCCUCGUGCCCAGAAUGCUUAAAGUAUACAAUGAUGCCGCUUCCACAACCUUUCAAAUGAACUGUAGCCAUGUUAUCAUACACAAGCUCUCUCUGUGUUCCUUCAUUUCUUGAAUUAUUUACUUUCCUUAAAAUAAAGUGACAACUGAGUGAGAAAAGCAUAGUGGAGAUAUUGUUGGACUUCUCUGACUCUUCUCUCUCUCUCUCCAACUCUAAAUCCCAUUGGAUUCCUGGCCCACAGUUCCCAGCAGUCAUAUUCUAUCUCCAUUUGCUUCCUUGUGUUCCUGCUUUUCAGCCCAUUACCUUUUCCCUUUGCCUUAGUGUCUCCUUAAGUGAAACAAGAGGACUUUGUAAUAAUAUCCCUGUUCUUCUCCCACCUCCCAAUGACUGCCUUGUGGGUCCCUGCUUGGAUUGAUAUUUUAAAAUUAGGACUACGUCAAGCCAUUUAUAAAAUUGGUGAUUAGUCAUAGUAUUUAAGUUGGCAGCACUGUCAUUUUCUAUUCUAUUUAGGGGUGUGCAUUAGAUAUUUUAGCGUCUACUGUAUUAUUAUAUAGCUCAUUUUCUCCCUCCUAACUCUUCUUGUAGUUCAUCACCGACAACUAUGAAAGCCAGUGAGUAACUUGUCUCACUAUUCAAUAUGGGUCUGGGGAACUUGUGGCUCCUCAGAUAUUGUAGGACUGCAUUUCCCAUCUUGGUAAGGUGUGAGGAAAAGGAUGCAGUCCUCUCAGAGGUAUCAUGCGCUCUGCUAUUCCUCUCCAAAUGUUUCAUAAAUGCAUAACCUCUUCAAAGCAUAUUCAGUCUUUUUUAUGUUUAUUUUGUGUUCCUUAUUUAUAGUAAUAGUAAUGGAAGGUUACAAGUUACGAAGCAAGUUAUGAAGCAGCAGUUCUAUUUUUUAAAAGAAGUACCUUUCCCGGUAUUGACCUGCUGAUGGGAAUGGGAAUAAGCUUCAAAUGUUGAGGGAAACCUUGAAGCUAAAAUUAACAAAGUGCUUUUAGAUGUGUUCUCAGAAAAUGAAAGGGAAUGAAUGAACCUGUGGGAAUUCAGUUCAACUCAAAAGCAGGGGUGUAAAAUUACUUUAGCACAUCUCCUAUAGAGAGGAUAUGAUGAUACAGAGUAUACAUGGGAUUUUCUCCCAAACAUCUCCACUCCUUCACCUAGCGGUAGGCAGAAAACCAUCAAUAUUGGGUUGGUUUCACAUUUCUCCCUUAUUCCAGGGUCUUAACCACUUGGUCCAUCUUGCUUUAUUGAAGGAGGGAGCACAAACAUGGUCUACACAGAACUUUCUUUACUGUCUAGUAAGAUAGAGCUCCAGAGUACCAGGAAAUACAUGCUUGUGGAGAUGUGUCUUGACAGUGGGGGGAGUAGAGUGGUGUUUGUGUUAUCUCUUGAGACUUAAUAAAUAUCUGGGAGCCUAAACUCUCCAUAAACAGCAUAAUGAAUUUCUAUCAUCUAUGUUGUUGAAUUUACUGGAUUCUAAACUUCAGGAUACUGGUGGUGGUUUUCUUUUGGGAUUUAUUCCUUUCCUCAACUUCUGACUUGUAAGCUGACUCAAAACUAAAACCAGCUGAAGAAUCCAUAAGUGAAUAUUGGCAUCUGCUCAGAACAUAUUACAUUAGAUAAUUGAGUCUUCGUGACUACAGUGCCACAACAGAAAUAGAAGAUUUUGUGAUACGCUCCUUGACUGUGAGAAGAAAAAAGCAGCAGAUGAACUGUGUGGGAAGUGACAAAUGAAGAAAAAUGAAAAAUUGGAAACUAUUUCUGCUUACAUGCAAAGUUUGAGUCUUCAUUAGUAACUUAGUUCUUUUAUAAGAAUCUGAUUUUUAAAAAAGAACUUGACUAGAGUUCAAUUUGCUAUAAACAAAAAUAUUAAAAUAUGGUUUAAAACUUCUGGCUUUUCUGUCUCUAAGAGAUCAGGUUCUGAAAUGAUUAUUCUCUAAAUGAGAUAUUUGGAUAUUAACAUUUUUAAUUGACAAUGAUUGAGAUUUCAGAUCUCUUGUCACAUCCCAUUUAACCCAAAAUUCACAUUUUUCAUAAACUUACUAAUUAAUAGCAUAUUUAUAAAAUUCACAACAUGCCAGAGAUCAGUAAUGCUUCCAUAUUAUUAUUCUUUACUUACAUCCUGAGAGAGCUUGCUAGAAAGCCGGUUCAGGACUUCUGGUUGACUUCUAGCUGAGCUUUCUAGCUGAGCUUUCUGAGUAACUUGAUGGACUUUUGCUGAGGAUGCCUUGAUGGCUAUGCUAGGUCAUCCACCUGUUUUGUUAUGUCAAUAGUGAAGACAAUUAAAUUGGUGCAACUAGCUUCCAUUAAUGUAUCAGCCUGGAAAAUGUCCCUUCCAAAUCCAGAGAGAAGUACAACCGUAGUAAGGAGUAGUACACUCUAGUUCAGAAAUUGUUGAAAAAAAUAAAACUAUUAUGAAUGCACAUUUGUACAUAUAGUUAUGCUGUACUUGCUUUUGCCUUGGGUGUGUUUUGUUAGAUAAUGCUAUUUUUAGUUUGGUUGACUUCAAACUUUGACAAAAAGAGAAGACCGGAAGUGAACAGAGAAAUCACUAUAAUAACAUACUUCCUGUUUGAAGUGUUUUUUUUUAAUCUAUGAGGCCUAGACAGAGGAUAUGUCAUUUCCUGGAUUACUUAUCUUUAGUAUAGAUGGCCUGGUGUACUACAUAAUCUCUUGACCCCCCCCCCCCCAAACAUUCAUCAGGGUUUAUAUCUAUAGUACAGAAGCAGGGAAUAAUCUUAAAAACCUUUGCUUGCUAAUUGCCCGCUUAAAUCUGUGACCUUUAAAUAAAUACGUUUAGGAUUGAGAUGUGGGUGUGUUUUGUUGGAGAUUUCUCAGCAACAGUUAUAAGGCUAAAGCCAUGUUCCUCAAAUGUUUUGAAAGGAGGCCUAUAUAUAUAUAUAUAUAUAUAUAUACUUACAUUGAGAAUAUAUUAUAUAUAUAUAUAUAUUCUCAAAACUUUUGGGACCUACAUCUGACAUAAUUCCAUUUUUCAAGCCCUAAUUUCCCCCUCUACAACAGAAGACAAGAAUAUCACAUCAAUAGUUAACAUUGGAUUUUUAAAAAAUUAAUGUUAACAUGUGUGCAAUAUUUAUGGCAGUAUGUAUUUAAAUAGAAUUUAAGUAUGACAUAAUACAGAGAACAAACAAAUUGUGGGACCCCAGAGAGGAGCUUAUAGUCACUUUACUGUUCCUCUGUCUUUUUUAUUCCCAUGUCGUGUUCCCAGUAACUUUUACUCAGAACCAUGUUGCUCCUUUUAUGUGAAGGCUCCGUUUAGUCACCUCAGGUUAACUGUGUGUGUUACAUUAUGAAUUGCAUUGUGAGACCUGAAUCAACCGUAUAUCAGACUUUUCAGUUGUUGUCUAUGUGUUGGCAGCUUCACAUCUAGGCUUCUACACUGGGUUGCAGGCAGGGCUGCCUUUUAUUGACAGCUGCACCUAAUACAGAAUUCUGCAAUUUCUCUAUGGUCAGAAGUAGGGUGUAAAGUGUUUAUUACUCCAAUUCAGCUCAUCUAUAGGGACUUUUUGAUACCUACCUUGUAAAGAUAAAUAUUUAUCGUAUUCAAAUAUAAAGAUCAGCCAUCUCUCCCAAUUCAGAGGUCAUCAGUUAGCAAUACUGAAAAACAAAAGAACAUGCCAUCCCUGUUUCAAUUUUGCCAGAGUGGUUCUUCCACUUAGAUGGUGUUUCAGCGUAUGCUUAAUCUGGUGUAGUCCUGUUAGGAAUAUUACAAAUUGAUCCAAAGAUUAUUUAAUUUUAUAUUCACUUUUCCAUUCUCUGUCUGGCUUUGCAGUUUUGUUUUUAAAUGACUUGUAAAAUUAGGAGUUAUUAUUACAUAUCGUGGUCUGCUUUUGAAAAGUGUGAGAUGUCUUUGCCCCAAGGAGGUUAUAUUUGCAAUGUAGAUGCUGCAAGAAUUUAUGUAUAAUUUAUUCAGGUCUAUUUGUAGUAUGUACUUGACAUUCCAUGAUGCUAUAUCUGUUCAAGUAAGUGUGGAGUGGAAAAGGAUAACUACUCUAAAAUAUAAUUACAAUUAACCUUAUAUAUGUGUAUGUGUGUGUUUUUUUAUAGGAUAGUUUGAAUUCCUUAGUUCUUGAUUUGGAUUACCCAGCAUUGAGGAAGAACAAGAACAUAGACAACUUCUUAAACAGAUGUAAGUUUCCCUUAUAUACAAUACUUGUCAUUGUUUUUUAAUGUUAGGUUAAACUGUUUUUUAUUCACCUGUCUGCCCAAGCUAUAUUAAAAUUUUGAAACAGGAGUUGUGCUGUUAACCAUAUUUGACAAUACAAUCUGCCAACUUCAAUUUACCAAAUUAUAGUUUAGUAUAACCCACACAAACAUGAAUGACGUGCACCGAGUCUUAGAUUCACUGUACUCUCCCUCUCCUCUUCCCGCACAUCUAGGAGCAGGACCUUUGAAGCUUUUGAAAGCCUUGAGAAAGGUGUGCCCUUCAGUUGAUAGGGUGGGAGCGUGCCAUCAAAUGCCCCCACCUCAUGUUUCUCAUUCAGGAAGUGCUCAGAAGUGUUGAAAACUUUCUCUCUGCUUUGUUCCUCUCCCCAGCCCAACUCUGCCACCAUUGUCACUUCUGAAAAACGGCAGCACUGGUGGCAGCAACAGCAGGGGAGAUUCCAGCCAAACUCCUCUCUGAAAUGGUGCCUGCCCCACCCCCCUUAACAUCACUCCAGCGAUGCUUAAAGAGGGGUAGAUGCUGGUUCAGAGAGCGGUUGUGCUUUGCAAGUCUUCCACCCCACCGCUCUCUUGCUGGCUGCACUGCCCACUGCCAAACUCUUGCCAGUCAUUGUGGCCUCUGCCAGCCUCUCCAGUGCUGACCUCUGUCACCUGGCCUCCUGCUCUCUCCCUUAUUGGCCUCUGCUGCCCAGUCGGCCACCCAAUAAAUAUCUAGUACCACUAGUUUAUUGCCACCCAAUAAAUUUCUAGUACCAUCAGUCUGUGGCCACACAACCUGCAGUGUCAUGACAUUCUUAACAGUUUUAUAUUUUAGGUAGAUAUCAUCUAGGUUGUAUCCAACACUGAGCAAUUGGAUUGCCACUUGCUCAACUGGACUUCCCUUCCCUUUCCUCCCCUGUGUGCCCUCCCAUCUGCUCUAGAGUGCUUUCCAACCCUCUGGAGCAAAUUUUGAGGGCAUGCAAGAGGCUGCAGGUGGCAGAGGAGAAGGAAGAACUCUGUUGGGCAUACAGAAGUAUGUUGUGCAAAUGAGACUGCAGCACUGGAUACAACCCAUACAGAUACUUCCUAUUUCAUGUAGACAGAGGGGAGGAGAGAGAGGAUGAUAUCCACUUGGUUAUCUGGUGGACAGUGUCUGUUUGUGGAUGGGGGCUGGCUGAUUGCCAUUGUCCCUGGCAGCCCCCAGUGCCCUCUGAAAAUUGUUCUGGAGGUUAAUAACUAUGAUUAACUUAGGUUCAUCAAUUUCAGUGGGUCUGCUCUAAAUAAAAGUUAGCUGACUAGAAUCCUGUAAUUAUUCUGUACAAAAGGCUUAAAAUGGACAGAACCUUUUGUCAACUUUUUCAAAACACAUGACUGAUUGUAUUUGUAUAAACUGUUUGUGUGCACUGUAAUGCCUUCUUUAAAAUUGUUAGAUGAGAAAGUUGUGGAAAAUAUCCGUGGUCUUCAAAUGAAAGCAGAAGAUUACGAUGUUGUUAAAGUGAUUGGAAGAGGUGCAUUUGGUGAAGUACAGCUGGUAAGAAUUUACAGUCCUUAUAAGACCUUUGAAUUUGCGUUCAAGUUUAACUUGUUUGAAAUACCUGGUAUAGUUAGGCUCAAUCUCCUUUAUAUUUAUUGAACACACCAUUUAAGAACAUGUUUUGUUCAAAUACAGUUGUCAUAGAGUAUACAAUAUGAUUUUUUGUGUGCAGAUUCUGGCUUCCUGAUAUUCUCCCCCCCCCCACUCUAUCUUCUGUUUGCAUGGUGAGUGGAUUUCCAGUGAUCAAAUGACAGGGCUUUUGCAUCCUGUUUAUUGGUAGCUCAAAGUCCUAUCCCCCCUGCCCAACUGUAUGGACAUGAUGAGGGAGUUGAAUAAUUAACUGCUUUAUUUUAUUUUAUUUGAAUUAUUUAUUUCAAUAUCAUAUUCGUUACCAGGAAUUAAUAUUAAAAAGAUAUUCAGCAAAAAUUUCCACAAUUUACUCACUAAUAAUUUCACUGGACAGCAGUAGUAAAAGCACUUCUAUUUCACUCAGUUUCCUUCUAUCCAAGGGCAACCAAGGUGAAUCCAAUAGAAAGUUUAGGGGUGUAUGCUGUCAACUUGAACAACUAUUGCUUGUUCAUAUGUCUCAAUGGCAUAUGUGCAUUUAACUUGUGCACAUUCAACUUUAUGUGUGUGGCAAUAAAUAAAUACAAAUUAGAAAGGCGGUGGGGUUCCAGGGAAAAUGACGCUGGCAGUCCCAUCCGCCAUUGAACCUAGUGAAUUUUGAGUAUGUGUUUUUGGUUCUAGGCAUGAUCCAUGGAACAUAACCACAAAGUAAGUUAUGGGCUUACAGUAUAAAAACAUUGCAAUUAUGCAUCCCUUUCUUUAGCCUAAGGAGUCAGGUCCCUCAAGCUCUCUCUCUCUUACAAAUUGGUUCAUUAUCAUUGCAUCAUGGAAAUGUUGCUGUCCUUCAUAUUCUCUUACAUUUUAUCCAGUUUGGGUUGGUGGGUUGCCUGGACAACUGGAUUUUUCUUAAAUGUUGGUCUUCUUUGAUAUGAAACCAUGAUAUUUGGAUACAUAUAUAUAAUUCCCCAAGGAAGUGGAGAAUGUUCUUUUCAAAAGCAUGAAGUGGGAUACACACCCACACCCACCCACCCAAGACCAGACAAUCUAAUCCAAUCCCAGAUAUUAGUUAAAUGAUAUGUCAUUGUCUCUUGAUAGUAGGGGGUAAACCCCCACCCAUUCCUGGGCAUUUACUUAGUUGUAAUAGCUUGUUUGUUUUAACUUCAUGGAGAAUAAUAAUAAACUAAGAGCUUCCCACAGUCUCAGUCAGUCUAACUAAUCACCUGAAAGUUGUAGCCUUAAUAAUAUAAACAGUAUUAAGUGACCCUGUGUAUACAUGGUGUGUCACCAUUAAUCUUGAGUCCUACUUAAAAUUUUGACUUACAUUAAGACCUAACAAAUGUACAUCUGCAAGAUGUCUUUCCCCAGAUCACCCUCUCAAUCCAGCAGUGCUUCCAAAUCAGCAAAUGUAUGCUGGCAGCUUCACAAGUUGGCUACAUGAGUACCUUUUCCUUGUAUACAGGGUUGUUGCAGUCAAGAGCAUGUUAGGCAAAGUAGCAUUUUCAAGAGGAGACUAGGAAAUGAACUCCUGCAUAUGUGCACUAGCUGGUGUGGGACAAUUAUUGAACAGUCUCCAGUGAUGUACAAGCAUGGGAAUGUCCCAUUUAACUCAGUGAGUCUUACUUCUCAGUAGGCAUGCACAGGAUUGUUCUGUACAUGGCAAAAGCUGCUCACUGAUACCCAUGCAAUUUUGUGAUUCUCCCCACAUUUUGUUUCACCAAUUGUUCCAUUAGUGUAGUAGGGAAAUCGGAAAAAAAGCCCUUUUAACUGGUUCAAAAAAAUAGCAUUUUUAUUUUGCUGUUGUCUGGGUAUGUCUCUCUGUUGAAUAUUCAAAGUUAACAUCCAACUAGUCAUGUCAGGGGAAAGUCAAACAUUUUCUUGAAAACCAUGCAGUGAAGGUCCUUUGUAUAAUCUCAAAAGUGUUUACUAAGAAACAAGUUAAUUGAAAUUGAAACAGUUUAAAGAAGUGAACAUGUGUGUUACUCCUACAUAUUCCUCCUCUUUGCUAAGAACUGCCAAUAUAUUUGUUGCAAGUACUUCCACUGCCCUGUUAGCAGACCACUGACCACGCAAGACUGUGCCUCUGUUCUUCUUUUUACUUGAUAACCUUUCCAAAAUAACCCAAAGUCUUCAAAAACUUGGUGAUUGCUGCUUAAUGUAAAUUGAGCAAGUUUGCCCAGUUACUCACACAUCAGCUUCUGAGGUGCAGAUCUUUUCUUCUUCUUCUGUGCAGUGUACAUGGUUAUAAUACCUUGUUGCUUAUACAGUUGUACAAUGCUGUAGCUCAGCAAUGCCUCUCUGCAGGUAAACAAAUGAGGAAAUACGCCUUCAGGAGAAGGUUAAACAAACAAAUUGCAAAGGUAUUGGUCCUUUCCUGGGUAGGUUACAAAAUACUUUAAUCCAUAUAUGUCUAAUGUUGAAAAACUUAAAACAAUCUCUUAUCUAUAGUAUAUUUCUCAGUGUAUGUCUUUUGUAAGAUAUUUAACCGUUUGUCUUUUCCAAUAUACAAGGCUGCUUAAGCUGCAACUGAGGAACAAUUCUUAGUUGCCACCCAUCUAGAAUAUUUAUUCUGAAUGUGUCCACAAUAACAAUUCCCUACAAUAAUUAGAAUUUACUAGUCACUAGUAAUGGGACAAGCAAAGCCCCUUGCUCAGUGCUACAAUUCCCAAGUGCCUGGGAAUUUAUGCACUAUUAAUGGCAUUUUCAAUUCAUGCAACAUGUUAAAACAACACUAGUUGGCUGUCAGGUGCUUGGGACUUUGACAAUUGGGUGGGACAACCAACCAUUCAUCAUGUGACAUAAUAAUGAGAUCAGGUAAUUGACAGGUGGGUUGUCCUUCUCACCUGUCAAGAGUUGGCCAAUCGGGUGGGGACAGAUAACUAUUUCGUCCACUGGAACAACAAGCUUCCCCACUCUUGUACUAGUGUCAUCAAACACCAGUUUGGUUUAAUUGGGGGUUGGGAAAUAAAUGAAAAACAUUAAAAACUUAUUAUCCCCUAUGAGAAUAGUUAUUUUCAUAUCCUGCCUUCUUCCAAACAGGUGCAAAGUGGCAUUUUUAGCACAAUCACCCACUUAGGUAGAUUUAGCUGAAAGACAGUGGCUUGCCUAAUGCCAACCAGUUAAGCAAUUAAUCUAAUUUCUUGACACUUUGCAAUGAUAUUAAUAUGGUUGUCACUGUGAAUAUUCCAGGAGUGAUAGUGGAGAUGUGGAGAUGAUCUGUAGGGAUUUGUGGCUCUUAUAGCAUCUUCAUAGCAUUGUGCAACUUUGAAGUUCUGUCAGUCUGUAUUACUUGUUCGUAUGUGUGGGGUAGGAAUCAGUAAGCAAUUAACCAUUAUUUCCAUUUGAGGUGACUUUGUAAUUAAUUUUAUAGGAGUGAUCUGGCAUGGAACAGGAUGGGUUGUUGGAAGGGGAGAACAAGCUUUUAAAAAAGCUGGUGGAAGAACUUUAAAGAGUUCUUCUAUCCCAUUUGAGCAAGAGCUUCUAACUUGUUUAAGUACAAUACUUAAUGGUACAGCAGAAUAGGCACUCUAGAACCAGUUAACAUCUCAAAUGUGCUUUGUAAAAAAUUUGCCCUUUCACUUAAAAAUGAAGUGUUGUUUUAACAUGUUGCAUGAAUUGAAAAUUCCAUUAAUAGUGCAUAAAGCACUUGUGGAUAUUAACAGCACAAUCCUGUUUGUUUUCAAUGGGACUUCCUCCCAGUAUAAGUUUGCUUUUUAGGAGAGUUUAAUAAAUCAUAAUUAUCAUCACCAGAUAGCGGCAUUUCAGUUGUUCAAAGCACUUAACAAACAUUAUUCACACUCUUGGCCGCUUGCCUUGUAAUACCUUAAAAAAUGCUAUCACAGUCAACUAGGCUGCUUUCAUGAAAUGAAUUAAUGUCAUUUCCUUUUUGCAUAGAGUGUUAUUGAUGAAUCAAUCAACUACUUAAUCAAGCGACUGAAUAUUGGAUGAUGCAUGUGAAUGGAAACUACUUCAGGGUUUUUAUUUAAUCAGUUCAUCUCAAGGGACCAGUUCUGGUUUUCCAGAAACAUUUAAUUCAGACUUCAACAGUGCAAAAGAGAGCUUCACCUAGUAUCUAUGUUGGUUCUACAUGAUUAGAUUGCAAUCCCAUACAAUUCUCAGCAAAUGUCACUGCGAACUUUCUUUGUAAUGUAUUUCAUGUAUAUCAUGCAUGAGAAAAGGUGUGGAAAAGUCCAAAAGGGUCUUAAAAACAAGGAGGCUGUAAAAGGCAAGAAAAAAAAAUCCCUUUAAAAGGAACAUUUUUGCUGAAAUUAAUAAACGAAUAAAAAGUCUUUAACAAACGUAAAGCCUACAGCAAGCCAAGCAAAGAGGAGUAUGAAGAACUAAUUUAUAAACUAAUAACCCUUACAUUAUUUUUCACUAGCAGAAAAGUUUGGAGAGAGAGAGAGAGCCAUUAAUUUUUGGGCAGUGAGUUUGAGGUCUUUUUCAAAACUUCCUCUUACUACUUGCCUUUGUCAAAAGGAGGUGGCAAGUCACCAGGGCAAGGGGAAGGACCAUAGCUCAGUGACAGAGCAUCUGCUUUCCGUGCAGAAAAUCCCCCGCAUCUCCAAGUAAGGCUGGGAAUGACCCCUGUCUCAAGUCACCAGGGCAGAUAGCAUUUAUCCCAAUGUCUUAAUGCAACUUACAACUUAAAACCAGUGCCUUAGCAAAGGAUUGUAAGGCAGAGACCUCUAUUUUUAAAAAGCAGCCAUGGUAAAUCAGAAAAUUGCAGUCCUAUAUAAUAUGAGCUGCCAUGGUUACAGUGCAAAGAGAUGAGUUUUAGCAUUUUAAAAUAAAUACAAUGGAUUUGAUUUUUGCAGAAAGCUUCUGACUCCCUUCAUCCUAUGUGGCUCACUGUGGCUCUUUCCUGCUUGAGCACAUUAUGGUAACCAGGGUGCAAAUGCAGCCAUAAUAUAUUGCUGAUAGUUGUUUUUAAAAUUUUUGUAUGCUGCUUAGUGAAAUGUUUCUAUUAGGCAACUCAUAUAUGAAAUAAAUGAUCAAAGAAGUAGAAAUAGCUACUUCUGAUAUUUUUUUAUCAGAUUUCUGAUACUCUGAUUUUUAUUAUUGAUCGAAGUGGAUUCAGAUUUCUAUAUCACAGUCACACAGACAAAAAUACAAAGGAUUUCAUUUAAAUCUUGUAAGGUCUUGAUAAAGUAAGUAACUUCUUUUUCUUUGAUCAACAGGUUCGCCAUAAAGUAACUCAGAAGGCUUAUGCAAUGAAACUUCUUAGUAAAUUUGAAAUGCUCAAAAGAUCAGAUUCAGCCUUUUUCUGGGAGGAGAGAGAUAUAAUGGCCUUUGCCAACAGUCCAUGGGUAGUUCAGGUAAGGUUUUUUGUGAUUAAAAUUCUGUGGUAGUUUGAGGUGACGUUUAAAUAAGCAUUGAGGUUUUAAAUUGGUAGUGUUGUGUCCUUUAUGUUGAUUUUACAUUUUGGAUUUGUAGUUUAGAAUCUUAAGAACUUUAUUCUUUUCUCCAUCUUAAAGAUUAACUGCUAAUGCGAGACUCUUUCAGAUUUAAUUACAGUGGUACCUCGGGUUACAGACGCUUCAAGUUACGCGUUUUCAGGUUGCGUACCGUGCUGAACCCAGAAGUACUGGAACGGGUUACUUCUGGGUUUUGGCGCUCAUGCAUGUGCAGAAGCACCAAAUUGCGACCCACACGUGCACAGACGCUGUGGGUUGCGAAUGCUGCAGGUUGUGAAUGUGCCUCCCGCACAGAUCACAUUUGCAAGCUGAGGUUCCACUGUACUUGAUUUUGAUUUUAAACAUACCUGCUACUAUCAGUGUUCAAUGUGAUGUUCAAACAAAUUAUGUUGCGUUGAAAAUGGUUCACCCUCCCAGCAGAAAGCUUAAUUCUGUCAUAUGUGCAGCACAGUGUAAAAUUGCUUAUACAGUGGUGCCUCGCAAGACGAAAUUAAUCCGUUCUGCGAGUCUCUUCGUCUAGCGGUUUUUUCGUCUUGCGAAGCAACCCUAUUAGCGGAUUAGCGCUAUUAGCGGUUUAGCGGCUAUUAAAGGCUUAUCGGCUUAUCGGCUUAGCUGCUAAAAGGCUAUUAGUGGCUUAGAAAAAGGGGGGGGGAGCGAAAAAAAAUAUCAAGACUCGCAAGACAUUUUCGUCUUGCGAAGCAAGCCCAUAGGGAAAUUCGUCCUGCGAAGCAACUCAAAAACGGAAAACCCUUUCGUCUAGCGGGUUUUCCGUCUUGCGAGGCAUUCGUCUUGCGGGGCACCACUGUAUGUGUUUUUGUUGUGUAGAAGCUGACAGGAAUAUAUGAAAUUGGCUUGUAGUUACAGAUGUGAAGUUGUUAGAAGGUAUAAAUUUAAUCUGGAAGGGGCAAUUUUUGUUACAACAGUGUAUAUACCAUUGACCUUCAGUGGGUGUGCAGGAAGAGUACCAUUUAACAGUUUUCUCUGGGGAAGUAAAGCACCCAUUGGUAUCAACAGGCUACUACACAGAAAAGUUGUGGUUUCAGGAAUAUAAUUCAAUUACUGGCAUUAGCAACUUUUUGCUGGGCAAAAGAAGGCUCUGCCCAGGUGCUUGAGCCUCAGUGCUCUUGCUACUUCCAUGGAAAUGGGUUCUGCUUUCUCUUCACUUGAGGCUAACUAAAUGGUAUACAGUCGUACCUUGGCUCCCAAAUACCUUGCGAGUUGAACGUUUUGGCUCCCGAACGCCGCAAAUCCGGAAGUGAGUGUUCCAGUCUGUGAAUGUUCUUUGGAACCCGAACGUCCGACGCUGCUUCUGUGGCUUCCGACUGGCUGCAGGAGCUUCCUGCAGCCAACUGGAAGCUGCGCCUUGGUUUCUGAAUGUUUUGGAAGUUGAACGGACUUCUGGAAUGGAUUCCAUUUGACUUCCAAGGUACCACUGUAUAUUAUUAGGAAGUGUAAUUUUAAAAAAUCAAGCCUUUGUAAUGAGUCAUAGUACAACCGGCAGACUAUCAUAUGAAGCUUCUCUUGUUUAUUGUUAAAACAAAGCAUGUAAACUACAAUCAAGGCUCAGUGAUGUUACAGUUUUGCUUAUUAUAAGGUUUGAAGUGUCUUUGUGAUUUUAAUCACCACUUGCCAUAUAAGUUGCGUGGAGAGCUUGCAAAGCUUCCUACACUCUCCAAUAGUGGGUGCACUUUGCACAUCUUUUACGGUAGGGUUUUAUCAGCAGGUAGUGUACCCAAAGGCCGCAACUCCCUAAAUUACCUCUGAUUGUUUUUUGAAUUAGAGAAACAUAUUUGUCCAAUCAUACAUUUUGUAUUAUUACACUAUUGGAGGCAGUCAGAAGGUAAACUUGAGGGAAUACUAUUGCUUGCAUUCUCCCUCCUGCUGUAUGGAUUUGCUGUUGUAUCUACCAACAUAGUGGAGGCAGUGGGAAAUGGAAGUGAAGGAGGAGGAGGAUGGGAAUUGGGCUUGUGGAAAAGAAAAUCUUGUAUGUGAACCAAAGAGUUGCAAGUAUGGUGUUGGCCCUUUCCUAAUGUGCCUGUGAAUAGAUGUCAGUUCUGAUGCUGCCUUGAGGGAUACUUACUUGUUUCUCAACAGUACUGUACUUUCUCUUGAAAUGUUUUGGUGAGCCAUAAGAGAUGUGUUUCAUCAGUGACAUGAUGGGUAAACUGAAUUAUUCUGGAACUCCUUAAAGAUCUGCUACAAUUAUUGUAUCAUACCAAAACUAUUCUUAAAAGGCAGGGGGAAAAGCUGCUCUAGUUGCCAUAAAUUCACUGGAAUUCAACAGAUUGUGGCAAAUUGCCCGGUUUUGUGAAGUCUUUAUAUCUGUCCAUCUUUCUGGGUGCAGCUUUUUAGUGCCUUUCAAGAUGACCGAUACCUUUACAUGGUCAUGGAAUACAUGCCAGGUGGAGAUCUUGUCAACCUCAUGAGCAAUUACGAUGUGCCUGAGAAGUGGGCCAAAUUUUACACUGCUGAAGUCGUCCUUGCUCUUGAUGCAAUUCAUUCCAUGGGCUUGAUACAUAGAGACGUGAAACCUGACAACAUGCUUUUGGAUAAAUAUGGACACCUGAAGCUUGCAGAUUUUGGUACUUGUAUGAAAAUGGAUGAAGUAAGUAUGUGGUUCAUUAUGUGUGCUUCUAAAAUAAUAUGCACGAUAUCGAGGUAAUUUUAACUGUGCCAUAGACACAGACACAGCAUGGUGCUGUGGCUAAGAUAAUUUGUGCCGAGUCUCCUGUUUAGUUCUUAACCUUUGCUGUCAACUCACAAGGUAACCUCAGCCGAGCUACUAUCUCUCAGUAGUAUCUACCUUGAAGAUUGAGAAAGAAGGCAUGUUGGUGUGCACAUUCAGGAUAUGGUUUUAUUUUUCAGGUUUGAACUCCAGGUCUAAACCUCCAUCUCUUUUUAAGAAAGGCAAGAAAAUUAUAAAUGACUCUUUGUGAGGAAAGACCUAUUGCUUUACCAUUUGCUGAUAGUUUUCAUAAUACCUUAGGGAACAUUAAUUACAAAAUAGAAGGCUGUCUGAUGACAGGCCCAGAGACUGGCUUAGGGAAAGUAAGGGAUUAUGUGGAUGUGGCACCUAUCUUUCCAACAGGUUGUCUUACAUAGGUCAUGGCUUUUCAGAAAAAUCUGUUAAUUUUAACAGAUUUUAUCUCUGGUAUCUCUUUUGUAAUCUCACUGGGCACUUUUUAGAAACAAUGGUGUUAAGUGGUAUAUAAAUUUCUGAGUAAUUGUGCAUUAGAAACUCUCACAAUGUGCAGCUCUUUACCAUCACAGUUAUGGUACAAACUACACACAGGGAAUUCUUCCUUCUAUGUGUGAGUUGUAUAGAAAGGAGAAUAGGAUGCUUUUCAUAAUAGGCACUCCUUUUUCCCACCCACCCCGUUUUAGAAGCAGCAAUCUCUUGUUUUGCUUGCCUGCCCUCUUUGCAAACAAUUGCUGCUUCAGCUUUUCUUUUUCUCUUUCCCUGGCUGCUUUGCUAAUCUUUGCGAGUUGGUGGUUUUUAAAUGCAUGAACAAGACAUCUCCUUAAUAGAACAUAGUUAGGGGUAGCCACCUGGAGAGGCUGCAAGGAAGCAUAUUUAUUUGACUACAUCACAGGGGGUGCACAUAAAUAAAGAAAACAAACUUUUAGUAAAAAUUAUACCAAAUUAAAAUUACAACAGCAGUGACAUCCUAACACCACAGUAAAGCAGGGGAAAUUACCGUAUUUUUUGCACCAUAACACUCACUUUUUUCCUCCUAGAAAGUAAGGGGAAAUGUCUGUGCAUGUUAUGGAGGGAAUGCCUACGGGUGGCGGGGGGGUGGGAUCUGCUGCAGUCGUGAGCAGAGGAUCUAUGGUUCCCCUUCCUUCCCUCCACCGUGGCUCGCUUUGAAACAGCAAAGCGGGAGAAGAGCCGCUGAGUGGGGAGGAGAGAGGGACAGAGAGCCUGCUUCUUUAAAGGAGCAAAGCGGGAGAGGAGAGGAGCCGCUUACACGAGUGUAAGCGGCUCCUGUCUGGUUGGUUGCUUUAAAGCAAGCAGGCUCUCUGUCCCUCUCUCCUCCUCACUCAGCUCGCUAAAUAAUAAUAAUAAUAAUAAUAAUUUAUUACGGCCGUAGGCCCAUACAGAUAAAAACAAGACAUAAAUAACAACCUGUGCACAUGGGAAAAAACAGCCACUAAAACACUACUAUAACAAUAAACUACUAUAAGAUGGAAUGGCAUACUACGCCUUAAUUAGCUUGUGGUGCUCCUUGGCAACGCUUUUGAGUAAGGACAGCGACCAGGAACCUAGCCACUUUCAGGGUCGUAUGGGUAUCCCUAUCCUGCAAGAUUUGGGCAAGGUGGAAUUUUGGUGGAGUACCCUCUAAUUUCUGUAUGAUUGAUCCCAACAAAUUUGCCCGUGGCACCUUGAAUAAGGGGCAAGUGAACAUAAUGUGCUGAAGCGACUCCGGCAUCUCCUUAUCACAUUCGCACAUGGCGGAGGUUUGGCCCUUUGAGAAUCUAUGUCUCAGGGCAUUGGAGGGAAAAACAUUAAACCUCGCUUUGGUGAAGGCCAGCCUAUGGGCAACAGUCGAAAGGGAAGAGAGGUAUGAUGGAACGCAGUAAGUUAAAGUGAUACCAAUGUUCUGGGGCGAACAAACACCUCCCCCCAGCAUAUAACUCAGCUCGCUAAAUAGUAGCAAAGUUUUUCAGCUCGCUAAGCCGGGGAUGAGCGGGGAGGAGGAAGAAAAGCAGAGCCUGCUUGCUUUAAAGGAGCAAAGUGGGAGAGGAGAGGAGCCUUCUCCCCUUGUACCCCUCUUCUUCAUUAUUAGCAGCAUCCUUCUCCACCCACCCCACGCGUGCUCCUUGUCCCUUGAGUGCUUUUCCUUCCCUCCCCACUUAAAACAUGGUUACAAAGCACGGAUCCACAUGGAUCCUCAGGAUUUUUGCACUGGGUCACCCCAAAUUCACCAUCAGAUCACAUAGCAUAGCAUGGCUACAUCUUGCACCAAAAAAAUCACACACCCACUGUUGCCUGGGGCCGCAGUGGUGCAAAAAUGUGGUUACAAAGCAUGGAUCCACAUGGAUCCUCAGGAUUUUUGCCCUGAGCUACCCCAAACUCACCGUCAAAUCACAUGUCUGUGGCCACAGCAUGAACCACAAAAAUCAUACAUCCACUGUUUCGUUCAGAAUAUUUUUUUAUCUUGUUUUCCUCCUCUAAAAACUACGUGCGUGUUAUGGUCGGGUGCGUGUUAUAGAGCGAAAAAUACGGUAAUCAAAACCCACCCCAUCUACAUCCAAAAAGUUGGCAGAAGAGGUGGUUCUUUAGCUGUCAUCUAAAAGAAUGGAAUGAAAUGACAGGAUGCACCUCAGUGGGAGGAGAGUUGCAAAUAUGUGGAGCCACCAUUCAAUAGGUUCUUCCUAAGGCACUCCUUGUGUAUCAACCAGUGCUGGAACCAUUAGGAGGGACUAAUUUUCUGAUCUAAGUAGAUGAACAGGUCAGUGCAGGAAAAAGCACUCUUUCAAGUUCUACAGCACCACAUAGAAUGGACUAGAAAGUACUUCUCUACAGUUUGCUCUACUUCAUGAGUUACAGGUUCAGGAAUGCUUACAAUUAAAGCCCUGCUAACUACUUUGAAAUAAAUUUUCAUUCAUUAACUGUUAGUGUUUUAAUAGUGACCAUGAAUGGAUUAAAACUGUUGCUGGUGAAACAAAAGGAAAAUGUUUCAGCAGAGUGAUCUGUUUAUCUAGUGAAAUGGAAAAUAUUUUAUUAUUCUUGCUGUAUGGAGUCAGGUUACAAUUGAAUUUUAAGUGCUUGAUUUGGAAAUGAGCUUUUUUAUAGUGGAACCUAACUUCUAAAUAAGUGUGCCUAUUAGGGUGGGUGUGAACUCAAUAGCAAACAUGUACAAAAUUGAGCAACCGAGAUAGCACCUGAGUUCAGUGUCUAUCUCUUGUGUUAAUGUUUGCUUCCUAAUGAGCACAAUAACUUGCAUGUAUUUACUGCUUAUAAUAAUCAAACCCAUAGCAUCCUCUAGUGGUCUUCAGAUGACUUACUUUAAAAUUUAAGAUCAAAUAAAUCAAGCAUACUUAUUUGAAAUAAAACAUUUUCACCAUUUAAUUUGUAAGCACUUACACGCUUAUUCCAGUGUAUUCCCAUUGAUUCUAAUUUGGAAUAAAUUUCAAAAUAUAUUCUACUUAUUUCAUGCUAUUCAGCUGUGUCCUUAAUCAGACAUUAGCAAUCAUCAACAAAAGGCUAGUAGGGGAGAAAAAUCUGACAAAACGGCAUUUGCAAAAUUUGAGCCAGUUCUAAAAAUGUGGAUGUGGGCUAGGGCAAUGCUUUUAUGACUAAUGCACCAAAUAAAUAUUUUUAAAGUAUGGAUAAAACUAAUAGACAUAACAGAUUUCUUAACAUGCAAACAAGAUAUUUUUUACUUACUAAUGCACUUUAGCAGUCCACACGCAGUCCACAAAGUUCUGUGAAAAUUCCUUAUGUCUAUCUAAAAUACAGUUGACAUUUUGGCUUAUUGUGGGAUGAGGUACUGGUGCAGAUGGAAAAUCAAACAAUCACUGUCUACUUGGAUCUGUGGAUUAGGCCAGUACCAGUAUUUGUGAUGCUGAGUGGGUCUUGCACCCACCCUACUCCCACCCCUGUAAUUUUUGAGUUUUACUACUGUUCUUGCUAUGUGGAAAGUUAUAGAAUCACAGAACUGUAGAGUUGGAAGGAACCCCAAGGGUCAUCUAGUCCAACCAUUUGCUAUGCAGGAAACUCAUCUAAAGCAUCCAAAACAGAUGGGCAUCCAGCCUCUGCUUAAUUAGACCUAUGCCCUGUUCUUCUGUAGAAUUGCUCAGAGUGGUUUAUAUAUGUUUUUCAGGCAGCCUCCUAUUGAAUCAGUUUCCUGAGCCACCCCUGCUCAGCACCAGCAAUAUAACUAUGUCAUGUGGCAUACUCUGGGCUUUUCUGAGAACCAUAACUACAUGAUGGUUCCUUUAUUCCAUUGUUUCAGUGUAAUAAUUCAAGCCUCAUAUCUCUUUAAUGACAUUAUAGCAAUAAAUGACAUUAUAGCAAUAAAUAUCAAUAAUAUAUGCAUAAAAUGGUUGCUUUGGUAAAUCUUGAUGAUAAUCAACAUGAUACUUAAAUAAAAGAACUGUCUACCAACUAUCUUGGUAAAAUUAGGCUAAACAUUAGAUGGCCUAUGGUUCCAGGCAUCGCUUUGCAAAAACUGGCUUACUUUGCAUUUCUUAUGGUACAAAAUCUGUGAUCAAUCUGUCAACUGGGUAGACUCACAACCUUGAUGAAGACACACCAAACCCUUUGUCUGCACUACAGCAUCGCACCUCUUUCUCUGAAUCUGUGUCUGGAGUGUUCAAAUUUUGUUUUUCUUGGGUUAAAUAUGGAAAAGAAACUUAAUUACACAUAGUUAACAGUGGCAUGCCAAUUUUGUAAUCCCAUUAUUGAUGACUUCUAAAGAUGCAAUUGAUGUAGCAAUUCAGCCUAUUCAAUUACUUUAUUUUGCAUAGAAUUGGACACCCUGCUAAUAAGAAUCUGGAGCACCUCCAGAUCAUGUGUAGUUUUCUUGAACAACAGGGAAGCAUCACAGCUGUGUAAAUACAAUACUUUUGAUGAGAUGUUCCCCAUAAAACAUUCUUUUUAGUGUCUAAUAUUUUUGUAACUACAUGUUACUUAUUAGUAUGCCUUUAUCACUGACAUCUUAAAUACAUUUAUUUUCUUGCCCAAAAUGAUCUGUCUGCUAAAAGAAUAAAAAACAGCACCUCUAGUGGUUACUGCAGUUCAGAAACAAAUUUUGACUACUGCAUAUUUGCUCUUACAUUGUGUUAUUGGUCAGCAAACCUUUGAAACCCUUGAUUUCACUCAUACACCUUUACAUUGAGCCUGCUUCAUAGUUGCAGCCUCACAAGUAGAUGGCCAUUCCUAAUGUUUUGUAAACCACCCUGUGAUUCUCAGAUGAAGGGCAGUAUAGAAAUUUAAUAAAUCAGUGGAGUGCAACAUGAUAAGCCAUUUUGUGAGAACAACUUACUUGAGUUACACAACGCCAACAUAGCACCCUUUAUUUUGGGGGUUGCAUAACUAAGGGAAUAUCUUACUGAACCACCUGGUGAGUAUUUGUAUUAGGUUUCAGUACAUGGAUCUACUUGCUGGGUUGCCCUAUAAGUAUUUGUCCCAGUGUAGCCGCUUAACCAUCUUGUAAUAAGUCAUCCUGCUAUAUAGUGUAACAUGAAACAUGACUGACUCUAGUAAAGAAUUCUAGAACCAGGAGGUGUCUAACUUUACAUGCUUAGCAGUAGGGAGUUCAGAUUGACUGAGGAACUGGGAGAAAAAUAAGUAAAGAAUUAGAACCUUAAAUUAAAUGCUUUAUUUUCUCUACAAAGUGUGGUACUAAAAAAAUAAGGAGCUAAGGCUGUUGAAAGGUGGAUUUUACCAUUUUUCUUCAGAUCGGAACCACACUUUUGACCCUUCAAACAUUGCUGGGUUUGAACAAAAUCAGUUCCAGUCAACUUGGCCAGUGGUUAGGGAUGAUGGAAAUUACAGUCCAGCAGCAUUCGCAGAAUGACAAGUUCCCUACCCAUGUCUUAAGAUAGCACUGUUUGUAUGACCCAGAUCUCCUCAAACGCUAAACAGUAAAGAACUUCAACUCAUUAUUUGCUACCCCUGGGGCAAUGAAGUGAGCUUUCGCUGUGUAUUAGUAUUAGCAUUUAUGAACAGAAAAGCAUUUCAUAAAAUUAGUAUGAGCACAAUCCACUUGCAUUGCUCAGAAGAUCCUGCUUCCUCAUUUUAUUCACCUGUUCCUCACUCUCUCCACUUGUGGGUAUAUACAGGCAGCAUGAUGAUACCUGCAUGUGGGAGUAUGGUGUGUGCGAACCUCCUGUGUUCCCAUGAAUCCUUUCUUCCCUAUGCCUUGCAAAUUACUUAAUGCUGCUUCUACUUGCUGUGGUUAAUUGAAAACAGAAGCAAAAGCUUCCACUCUCCUCUUGCAAAUAUACUGAGAAGGUGUUAGCACAGGAGCCUGAAGCUUGCACAAAUUUGUGCCCAUAAUGAUGAAGCAUAGCUUAUUGUUUGCCUUCUUUUGCCUGUUGUUUUUGUUUUUGUUGUUUUUGUUUGGAAUGUGUGUGUCUUUGCUUGUGUUUGGUGGUUGUUUUUUGGGUAUGUGUGAGUUUUGUUGCCUGUUUUUAGAGGCGUGUUGAAUGUUUGUUUUGCUUAUCUUUCAUUUUGGGGUGUGAGGGUGAGUGUUGCCUGUAGUUUGGGAGUGGGGGUAUUUUGGAGCAUUGCAAGUUUUUCUGCCGUGAAAUUGGUAUUUUGAGGAGGCCAGUGCAGUCUCCAUGACAUUCACCUCCAAAAAAGAAUGGAGAUUCCUGGUUUAGUGCUGCAUCUGAACUAGGCCAAUAUAGGGGGUAAAGAGCAUAAGGAGACUGGAAGCGGGGAGGACCCAUGAAGUUUAACUUUGAUGAAUAUGCAAAUACUUCAUAGUGCUAUUAAUUAGAAUUUAUAUCCAAAACACUUUGUAUCUAGUAUUUGAAGAUAUUAUCAUUAUCAGAAAAUAUUAGAAAAAUCUUUCCAAGGUGGGCUAGUAAUUUAAAAAAAACAAAACCAUUGCAUAUGGGGGGCUGAAGCUGAGAGGUGCUGAGUUGAUGGCAGAGGUAAGAACUAAACCCAGGAUUUCUGGUUCACAACUGAAGCUCUUAGCCACUACAUAACAGUAGCAUUGAACAGAAAUAUUACUGAAGUAUUAAAUCAUAUAGAAAGACAUGCUUGCUUUCAAGUUCUAUAUUUGCUGCAUAGUUUAUCUUUGCUGGAGCACAGAAAAAGCAAUAAAAACUGGACUAUGUUAUUCAGUCUAAACAGAGGUGUGCCUAUAUAUUGUCUUCUGCUGAUUUAGGACCAGCUCCAAAUCUCUCUUGCAAUUUAUUGCAGAGACUUCCAGUAGAUUCUGUGCCCAUGAAUCGGACAUAACAUACAUUCCCAGCUUUUGCUUACUUUGUCUGGCUCCAAGAUUAACUCCUUCAGCUCCCUCAACAAGCUUUCUUUAUACUUGUGGCAUGAAUUUCAUAAGAGAACUUAUAAAUGGGUAAUGACAGUGUUGUAGAGUAAGUGCAGUUAGCAGCCUUAAAUUCAUAGCUGCUUAAGAACUAUAUUUUAAAAAUAGAUUAAGUUAGCAUUCUUGCCUAAAUCUAGCCGCUGUUCUGUUUAAUUGUUGCAUUUUAUCUGGUUAUAUAGACAGGGAUGGUGCGCUGUGAUACAGCUGUCGGAACACCAGACUACAUAUCACCUGAAGUAUUAAAAUCACAAGGUGGUGAUGGUUAUUAUGGAAGAGAAUGCGACUGGUGGUCUGUAGGAGUUUUUCUUUAUGAAAUGCUAGUUGGUAAGUAGUGAUUUCCUCUUGUAUUCCCUCUAGUACCUUGAUUUCAAAAGUUUGUGCAUCACCACGUAGGUUAUUGAUUCAAUAAGAGCUCGGUGGCCCCUGAGUGAAUCUAGUUCUGGUUACACUUCUCAUAUCAGAGCCUGAGUUCCCACAACAUGAGGUGGGCCUCCCAUGGAAGACAUGGAGAGUUGCUAUGGAGACUACCUUGCGUCCAACUUUCCAGUUUUGUAACUGCUAUUGCAAUGGAAAGUGAUGCUGCUCCCCAAAUCAGUUGUGGUAACAUGGUCAGCCAUUUACCAUCCCGGUUGUUACGUUUCUUGAGGGAUAUUGAAUGAUGGUACCUUGGGAAUAUUCAUAGCUACGCCCCACCUAUAUUCUUUCCUUGGGUUAAGAAGCAUAAUUACAGUGAAGGACAUGCUCUGGAGCCAUUUUCUGUAUAGCAGGCCCACCUCUAACAAAAAUCACGUUUCUGAGACCAAAAAUUAAGUUCUAUGUGCAAUUGAAGAAAGACCCAUUAAAUACUUGAUAUUUUUUUUAUGUGUUGGGUGUGUUGAGUUUGUAUUUAUAUUUUGUAUGUACAGAAAGCUGUAGAACCAGGAGAUAUAUUUUGUGCUUAUCAGGAAUAUAUAAGAACAUUCCUUUGCACAAAACACUAAAUUAUGGUUAGCAUUAUAUGCAAAAGCAUUGCAUGAACCUUGAACUUACUCUUCUCCCUCCCCUCCCCUUCUUUUCUGCAGCUGUGAGAACGAAAAUAGAAUCACAUUUUCUGCUUUUACAUUAAUCAGGUUUCCUUCUUGUGCCCAAACUCAGGGAAGUUAUGGUUGGUGAACAAGCCAGUAUCAUAUGGCAUAGGUUGAGUUUGGCUUGUUUGAACUAACAAAAGAGUAUACAGAGUUGUUCUGAUUUCAGACUUUAACAGGGAACUCUGCUUCAUUUAAAAGCAGAAGCAGUCUCCUCCUGUGUGGGGAGGGUUGGAGCACAUGAGCCUAUAAUUCUAAACCAUAGUUUUAGUGUGGCUGUAGGUGUUUGUUUUGAACCUUUGUACAUAGGAGUCUCUGUUUUUGUCUCAAGUUAUUUUUAUUUAACUGUUUUUGCCUUUAGUGAUCAACUUGCAUUAGCUAAUGUUUAUGCAUAUUUAAUUUCAGGAGAUACUCCAUUUUAUGCUGAUUCAUUGGUGGGAACAUAUAGUAAAAUAAUGGAUCACAAGAAUUCAUUACAUUUCCCAGAAGAUGUUGAAAUCUCAAAGCAAGCAAAGGACCUUAUUUGUGCCUUUUUAACAGACAGGUAUGUAAACAUAGAUUUUUCUCGCCAUAAAAUCCUUUCCCUAAAUUACUGUAACAGAAUAUGUUUUCUUGAGGUCCAGUACAGUGAGUGUAACCAAUCUGAUUUCAUGCCUUACCCAAAGUCAGACUAAAAUGUUAAAAACAAAAAUUUCUGAAGUUCAAGCAGCACUUACUAUAUUCAACUUCCAUAGCCAAAUUUUGAGUGAGGAGAUAAUCAUAAAUCAUAUACAUACAUAUUCCCGUUGCAGGGAUGUAAACGACAUUUUCAUGCUCUCAUCUUCUGUCACAGUGUCCUGUUGCACCAGAAGCAGUUUAGUCAUGCUGGCUACACGACCUGGAAAAGCUGUCUGCAAACAAAUGCCGGCUCCUUCAGCAUGAAAGUGGAGAUGAGUGCCACACCCCAUAGUCAAAGUCGACUGGGCUUAACUGCCCAGGGGUCCAUUACCCUUUACCAUAUACAUAGAGCAUUAAAUGAAUCAUAAACAUAAAGCUGCUCUUCAAUAGAGGGCCUUCCUGUCUGAAAGACCUGCAUGGGAUUCAGAUAGUUUAAAGACAGAUGGGUUGCAAGUGCUUCCCCUGCUUUUUUUGGUUGUUACAGGGCUAGAAUGUUCCUUCCUUUUCAGGACUGUUCUCCUUUCACCCUCAGCAUUGACCACUGAUGUAUAGCAGAUAGAGCUCAUGACUUUUCUUGGUCAGUUAUAUUGAAGGUUUCUCUGUCCCUCAGUGUUAGAAACAGAGAUAUGAAAACUAGGAGCUAAAUGGCACCUUAAACCUAGGUUAUGGGUGCAACAACAGAAUGUCUAGGCACACUUUUUUAUAACAAGAAUACAAAGCCGAAAAUGAAUGAACUGCAGCUUGAAUAUUAUGUUCAUUUUUCACAUGGUCUAGUCCUUCCUCUGCCCACCGCCCUAAUAUUCCUAGGAGCGUUUCUUCUCCAGUCUUAAGAAAGCAGCUGGAAGUGGGGAGGCAGAAAAAGGUCCUCUUUCCUUCCACUGCAGUUUUUAACUGAAAUCUUAGAUGCAGUACUGUGCCCAGAGCUCAGAAACUGCUCGCACUAAUGAAAUUCCCUGUCACAAGAUGCACCUAGAACAAUGGGAGUUUCGAACACUGCUGCCCCUUGAAGAGAAGAAAUCUUUGACAUUUUGUGAAGUAUGGGAGCAUGUUCUGUAUCCUUGACCUUAGCAAGUCACCUAUUGCCUAGCAUACACAUACAAGCUCUGAGAAAUUAUAUUGGGGUUACUGAGCAUCUUACAUCUCCCCUACAACCCAUGAUCAUAAUUCUCUUGCCCCCCUUCCUUUUGAAAGGGACAGAUCAGUGGAAUCCACACAUCCCUUCCCCAUAUCUCUCAAGGGCUGGGGAGAGGGAGGAAUAUCUGUUCUUCCCUCCUUCAUUUGCUCAUUUAAAGAAAUGGGUGGCAUAGUGUUGGGAGUAAAGUCCUUAAACUAGGUUUGGUAGCAGCAUUCAGGUGAGUAUAGUCAGCUACCCUCCACUUUCUAACAGAAAACAAAUUUGCGCCAUAAUCUCUGCCGUGCUCCAUCACAUUGCCUGACUUUUGCAGGGGGUUGGAGAAGGCGAUAGCUUGGCUUGGGUUUGUUUUCGGUUGCUCCCAGGGAUUAGGACCAAAGACAUGGGGUGCAAAUCUAUAAGAAAAAGGAUUUAGACUCAACAUUAUGAAGAAUUUCUUGAUUGUAUGAGGUAUUACUGUCCCACUGUUUAUCUCAGAAGGUGGUGGACUGUACUACAUGUGAGAUUUUUAAGCAGAGGCUGGCUGGCUAGGAAAGCUGUAGUCAUAAAUUUCCUGAAUCGGCAGGGAGUUGGACUAGGUGACCUUUGGCUUCUCUUAUUACUCUGAUUCUACAGUUUCCUAAGCAUUAUUUGCUGAAGGCUGAUCAGAUCAGCCCACCAUACCUUGGCCACAGCUGCUUUCUGUGGCCUGUUAAAUUGGGGGGGGGGGGUCAGGAGGAGAUCACUGUGGCUGUUCUUUAUGGCUUUCUUUCCCCUGUUGGGAAAGUUAGUUUCCCUUUCCCCUUCUGGCCAACCAGUUUGCAUUAUUAGGCAUUCAUGCAGAAGCAGACCAAGAUGCAAAAUUUGAAAACCAAACAAACUCGCUUUCUGUUGCCCUCUUCUGGACUAUUCUUGACAGUCAAGUCAAUAUUAAAUUUAAUUAUUUGCACCUUGUAAUUCGCUUAAAUCGUAAGAGAUGUAAAAAACAAAACACAAAAUGAAAUAGAAGUGAAAUAAAUAUCUGUCUAUUGGCCUCAGUAGUGUUCCAAAAAGGAUUCCAUCUACUGAGUAAUCAUGCAGGCAGCUCAAGAGGAUUUGAGUGGGUGGGGGUACAUUAGUUUCCCCCCCCCCUGUUUUAAAUGCAAGGAAAAGCCAAAGAUUGGGAAAGGAUAUACAGUAUUUUUCGGCCCAUAGGGCGCACCUAGUUUUUUUGGGGGGGGGGAAAUCAAGGGGGAAAAAUUUAUUCCCCCCCCCAGCCGCGGGGCUGGGGCGGGGGAAGCCCGAGCUUUAAAAAACGCACCUACCGUAGUUUUUAGAGGAGAAAAAAAGCACCCCGCUGCCCUGCAGAGGCUUUGCACAGCCAUCCCCAAGCUAGAAGAGGGAGACGGAGCGCUCCGUCUCCCUCUUCUGCCUUCAGGGACAGCCUCCCUAGCCUCCGUGGGGCAGCGGCUUGCCCCGCUGUCCCCCAAGCUUGUGGGGCUGGCGGUGGGGAGAAGCAAGCUUCUCCCCACAGCCAGCCUCCAAACCAGGUCGGGGAAUAGCGGGAUGGCAGCGCUCCGCCUCCCCGCUGUCCCCUGAGCUUGUGGGGCUGCCCAAUAUCUGCCCGAAGCCCAGGGCGCGCUGUGCAGCGCACCCCAGGCUUCAGGAUGCAGGCUGCUAUCCGCAAGCCUGGGGAGCCUGACGGGAACUCCCGCGGAGCUCCCAAGGCUUGCGGAUAGCUUCCUGAAGCCUGGAGAGCGAGAGGGGUCCAUGCGCACCGACCCCUCUCACUCUCCAGGCUUCAGCGAAAGCCUGCAUUCGCCCCAUAGGACACACACACACAUUUCCCCUUCAUUUUUGGAGGGGAAAAAGUGUGUCCUAUAGGGCGAAAAAUACGGUAUAUAAGAAGAGCGUUUGGAUUAUUUAAGAAUACUCUGGCUUUCUUUUCUCCUCCACCCCAAUUUUUGUGUGUGCUUUCCUGUUCAUAUUAAACAUGGUGCUCAGUGUAUUUAUUUAAAACAGAGCAUCUUAUUAUAUAUACAAUUGCCACUGAAGCACUUAAAGUGACAAGGGGCAAGUAUCUAUCCUGUGCCUUAUUAGUUCUCGUACGAAAGUAUGUUCUUACGUGAGCCUUUAACAACACAAAAAUUAUUUUGAAAAGAAAUGAGUUUGCUUUGUAUAUAGUGGCUUCAUUAUACAUUUUAGGAAAAAAUGUGCAUAUGUGUACGGGUGUUUUUAAAUUGGAGGCAAAGGAUACAGUUUUUGAAAUAUUCAUUUCAGUAGGGUUUGAAUAACUGUUCUGUGUUUGGAAACCAGGUCUUCCGUCAUUUACGUCCAAAUGUUUGUACAGUGGUUUGGCAAACUUCGUAGGUUUGCUUUUUUUUUUUAAAGAACUUUUUCCUGCAUUCCUUUUCUACACAGUCCAGUUGGAAAUAUGUUUUAUUCCACACAUGGCAGGCUGAGAUUUCUAACCAUUUCAUUCUGCAUAUGUUGAGAGUGCUGAGAAACCUAACAGCUUACAAAAUGGGAGGAUUCAAAUUGCAUUUAAUUAUAAUGGGAGGAAAUGCCAAGAAUGUUUAGGUAUCUUUGGCACUUAAUGUAUUUUUUAGCUUGUAAUUAUCGAUGAUAAUACAAGAAUUGAUUUAAUUGCUAUGUUUAGGGAGGUACGUCUUGGAAGGAGUGGAGUAGAGGAAAUUAAAUCUCAUCCGUUCUUUAAGCAUGACCAAUGGGAUUGGGAUAAUAUUCGAGACAGUAAGUAUCAUUUUUAAAAUAUGAAAAAUAUUUUCUUUCUUACUUAAAAAAACUUACUUUGGGUUAGUGUCGAAUUUAAAAUGCAGGGGUUCUAAAAUGGUUUCUGUGGGCAUUUAUAUUUGUAAGUUACAUUUUUCUGUAAGUGUCUAGGCUUUUACAAUAGUUAAAUUUUUUUCAACUGCACUACUUUAUUGAGUGUGAAUGGGUAAAAAUUUCAUUCUGUUUUGCUAACACCCACCACAUCAUGCUUGUUUAGUCAAACAACUACUCUAAAUAUGUAGCCUGAAUUAUGUUUUGGUUCAAUAGAAAUGUAUAAAGAAUGGCUCUGGUUCUGCUUCCAUCUGAGAAAAAGGUUUCUGUGGUUGGGAAAAUAUUUUUGAAAAUUCUUAUUUGGGGUAUUACUUAUUUAUAAACAACCAGCUUAUUAAAAAACAUCAGUGACAACUGUUCAUUGUGGUCCACCAAACUCCCUAGCUUGGGUCCUAAGUACGGGGAGCAGAAUGAAGCUCACAAAAGAGAAUCUCUUUCUCUGCCCUUUCAAGCAGUCCCCUGCACUUCCUGAAAAGCCUUCUUGCAGCUCUGCUUUUGCAAGCUACUUCUCAUCUUUGGGUAAUGCCCCAGCCCAUGCUGUUCAGGAGCAUCCCCCAGCCUUCCAGAGAAGCUUUAGCAAAGCGGCAGUUCCCUUUCAUUUGCAGUUCUCAGAAGCUAAGCUUCUGUGUUUUUGUUUCUCAAGACUUGUAAAACAGGGCUUUUCAAGACCCUGGCUCAUUGCAGAAGAUAGCUAGCAAAUUAUACCAUGCAAAUUGCUUUUGUGGAAGUGGGAAAAAAGAAUUUUGAUUUAAAUAACUAUUUUCCAUUUUUUUUAGCUGCAGCACCAGUUGUACCUGAGUUGAGUAGUGACAUAGACAGCAGCAAUUUUGACGAUAUUGAAGACGACAAAGGGGAUGUUGAAACCUUUCCAGUCCCCAAAGCCUUUGUUGGAAACCAGUUGCCUUUCAUAGGAUUUACUUACUUUAGAGAGAACCUGUAUGUAAUAUGCUUUUAAUGAUAUACAUAACAAUAAGGCUUGCUUCGUUUCAUAAUAGAAUUGUUUAAUUAGUUUUCAAAGUUAAGCAUUGUACUGUGCAUUUUCUAGUAUCCAUCAAUACUGUAUUCAGCACAGGCUCUUUGCAGGGUGGGUAGGGAGCAAACAGUACAUGCAGAAUCUGAAUAAUCUUAGGGUAUUGCAAUAAGUUUCUGCAUACCAAUAUAUUACUGCACAUAAAUACAUUUAACUUGCAUAGGUACUUGAAAAAUUAGAACAUUUGUAUGGGUUUGAGAAAAGCAUCCCAUCUUUUCCGCCUUUGAGUCAAUUAAAAUGAAAAGGAAGAGAAGUGGUGCUGAAUAAAGCUGCCUUCAUUCUGAGAGCAGUCUAGUGGGGAUUAAGACUUGAGAGAAUUGAUUAAAAUGAGUUGAUUGGCAUAGUUGUGGAGUUUUUGAAAACUUGAGUUGUUUUCAACAGGUUGCUAAGUGACUUUUCUGAGCUCUGUAGGGAAGUUGAACCCUGCAAGAACAAUGGGGCAAGGAAAAAAGAGGCAAAGAAAAAUGAGGCAAGUACUCUUCUUUUUAAUAAGGGCUAAACAUAUGUAAAGUGUUUGUUAUGCAUGAUAAAUAAUACUUGCGAUGUAGACUUGCUUUUCAGUAGUUAGCGUUAAUUGCACACAUCUGAAACUACUUGUGAGUAGUCUUGCUUUUGUGAAAAGAGCUGUUGACUAAAAUACAUGGUUUAUGUUUUAAAGCAAGAGUUGUUAAAAAGAAAAUUAAAGUAACUAUUUAAAAUCAAGAUAGUGAAGCUUUAGAGACUGUUGGAAAAUACAGACGGGAGAGGCUUGUUUUUUUUAAAAAAAUUAUAUUGGAUUUUUUUUGUUUUAUUUUUACAGGACAGUGAAGAGGUAAGUACAUUAUUUUAAAUUGUUUUUCUUUCAAUAGGUAAUAUUUCAAAAAAAAGUUAUAGGUUUUUUUAGGCAGUAGCUAUCAUUGAUUGAAUGUGUGAUUAAUUAUCCAGUUAGUUGGCUACAGAUGAGAAUAAAUUUAUUUCAUAUGUCACUGGUGAAGGGAGCCCCAUUAGAUAAGAAAUGUUCUGUGAAUGGCCAGUCAUUUCUAUUUGAUUUUUUUAAAAUGUGAGUGCAUGAAAAUAACUGUGAUAGAUGGUUAUUUUCCCUUGCCAUGGGUGUCCUGGGUGCCACUUAGCAGCCUUUGUUUGUAGACUUAAGACUAUAGAGAAUAUGUUUACACUUACAGGGCACUUCGCAAACUUGGAGGGUGUCUACCCCCACUUCCCAGUAAGUUGGGCAGUCCAGAACUUUAACUACAGAGAAAAUCCUAAAAGUGUGGACUAUGAUGAGCUAAUUUGAAUUUGCACAGUUUACCUAUGGGCUACAGUUUUUACAUCUAGAAUAUGAAACUUCACAUGUUGGAAAUUGUUAUGGCAACUUACAAUAUUUGUGAAAUUUGCAAUUGUUGAAGUUGGAUUUUGGAAUGUGCAGUGUAAGAUAGGAGGGUGUGUUAAGAUCACGAUUAUGAGGUUUCUGUAGAUUUUGUUUUAUUAAAUGCAUCACAGAUAGUUGAAUUUACUUUUCCCAUAAUGAAGAGUGGCUCUCUAGAUAUUUCCAUGAACUACUGAGUAUCUUCAUAAACAUAGUUUAGUUCCAGCUGUGGGUAUGUCAUAGUAAAUAAAUAACUGAUGUCCAAUCAAAUGGCUGAUGGUGCUUCCAAUAUUUACUUAUGUGAGCUAUUUUUUCAAGUUGUGUACAUUUAAAGACCAGGUUUUUUUCCCUUUCAGUUUGCACAAUUUCAGGAAAAAGUAAGCAAAUUGGAAGAUCGAAUUCGUAAUGAAAUACAAGCCAAAGAUGAACUUGAGCAGAAAUACAGGUAGAAUCCCACCCCGUUUUAUGCAGAAAUAUGGUCUUCAAAAAUGUUAAUGGGAAAUCAGUUUGAAGAGUAUUAUUUGUAUAAAGAACCAUAAUAUCAAAAAGCAGUCUGUAUCUAACACAUUUAAUUUAUCCUGGUACUUUGGUAUUUCUGAGGGCUCAGUUCGCUUGCAGGGCGCAGGAUUCCCAUAGGGCCCAGCAGAUCCCUGUUUGCGGGGGCAGGGUGAGGGCUGUGGUUGCCUUCCAUAUCAACAGCUAGCCAUCCCUCUUGUUUCUACAAACCACCCUAAUCCUUUCAAUUUAACAAAAAAACUAACAAAAUGAAUCACACCAUGCAUUGGUUCUUUUUGGUCUUUCCCCCACUUUGUUUUAUAACACAUGUUCAUUUAUAUAGUUCUGGCUGAAUGGUUGUAUAAACAUAUACCAAAAAGCAGCUGUUAUUUUGUAGGCCUCUUUCUACCUGACCUUGCUUGGUUAGUUUUUGCAUGACUACCAUGUCCCAUAGUUUAUUAAUCUAGUGGCAUCAUUCACAUAUAAUACUAUGCCAUGGUUUGUUUUAACAAAUGAAAUGUUCCACAGUCUACCUCCUUAUGCCUUUGUCUUUGGCAAAAGACUGGAAUAGGAUGGUCAAACAAACCAUGGUUAAGGAAAGAUUUGCAUGUAGCACCUAGGCAUAGUUAAAAGAAACCAAGAUACAUACGCUAAUAAGAAGCAAAAACUUCAGUAUGAUUUGUUAUCAAUAAGCAAACCAUAGUUAAACCACUGGCCAAGGCUCAGGCAAUAAAACCAUGGUUUAAUACAAUGGUGCCCCGCAAGACGAAUGCCUCGCAAGACGGAAAACCCGCUAGACGAAAGGGUUUUCCGUUUUUGAGUUGCUUCGCAGGAUGAAUUUCCCUAUGGGCUUGCUUCGCAAGACGAAAAUGUCUUGCGAGUCUUGAGAUUUUUUUUCGCUCCCCCCCCUUUUUCUAAGCCGCUAAGCCGCUAAUAGCCUUUUAGCAGCUAAGCCGCUAAGCCGAUAAGCCUUUAAUAGCCGCUAAACCGCUAAUAGCGCUAAGCCGCUAAUAGGGUUGCUUCGCAAGACGAAAAAACCGCUAGAUGAAGACACUCGCGGAACGGAUUAAUUUCGUCUUGCGAGGCACCACUGUAAAUCAUGGCUUAACCUUGUAAAUGAAGCAGGUCAAUGUGAAAUUUUGGAGGCACCAGGAGAAUAUAUAAUUUUGACUUUGCUGGUUGCUGUUAAGUUACAUACAAUCUCACUGGUGGAAUACCUUUCCUAUAUAGAAGAUUUAUAGUAGCAAAUGGGAAAUUAUUCUGUUUCUUGUCAAUUAUUCUGUGCUUUCCACUUAAUAUUUAUUUUAACACUUUCCCAGAGCUAUUACUAAUCGUGUAGAGAAGAUAAUGAAGGAAUUGGAUGAGGAGGUAAAGUAUUGUCUAUUUUAUAUUUUUCCAUUGUGUCUCUGAAUGUUUUAGCCAAUCUUUUAUGUUAGGUGAUGAAGGUAUUCCAUUGGACAAAUUAGUGGAAUUGUGCUAUAGAGGUGGCAGUUGCUACCCCAACAGUAUUUAGUAGAAUAAAAAAGGAGAUAACAUUUCUCGCACCCAUAUGCUAUAUUAAUAAGCGGUUAAAUAUGUAAUCAGUUUUUGUAUUACAUUGCAAAUAGUUUCCAGAGGAUAUGAAUAGAGUUGUGCUUUUUGUGUUCACUAUAUUUAUAUCUUACCCUUCCUCUAAGGAACUUAGUGCAGCUUACAUGGGAUUUUCAUGCCUUACCUUUGAGGUUACUUAUACUGAAAGAAGAGUGUUUUCCCUAAGGCCUUUUACGGAGCUUCAUGGCUGAGUGGGAGUUUGAACUCACGUUUCCAACAUAUGAACCCAACAGCCUUGCCAGUACAACACACAAGUCCAUUUUGGUGCUUCUCAGAGUCUGAUAUGCAUUUUGGGGAGGUCUGAAAUCACAGUUCAUUUGGAGUGGAUGUGCAUUCAACCAGUAUAAAUAUUAUCUCCAGUCUCAGAGGAGUAUCCAUUUAUUCCUGGAGGAUGUGUAUUUCCACCAGCUUGCAGAAAUCUAUGCUUAAUGUGUGGACAUUGGGGAAUGGGGGUAGUGAAGAAGUAAUGUGACCCGCAGUGUAGCUCUUAAUUUCUGGUAAUCAGUUAUAUCCAAUUCAUGUAUAAAGGGGCCCAUACCAAACCUUAAUUUGUAUCCAUGAGACUUGGGAAUUUUGUUGCUGGUUUCAAUAUGAUAUGAAUUGCAUUUUAAAUUUGGACUCCUUAGGGACUUUGUACUAGAGUUUUGAAGCAUGGAGUUGUAACAGUAGAGUUGGGCUUUCCCAGUCCCUUUCCCCCAUUUUAGCUCACUGUGCCACCUGAAGAACUAUCCAUGAAAUGGUAUGGAUGUAGAGGCUACAUCCAUCCACAGUAGAGGCUACUGUGGAUAGUUCCCUUCUGAUUGCCUGAGGGGCCUUUGGAUCCACACUGUAGAUCCAAAACUGCAUGACUGUUUUGCUGUUUGGAAAUUUUGUGGUUGUUAGUGAAUUUGUGUGCACAUCUGCUGAACAUUAUGUAGCAUAUUUACUGUAGCCAAAUGAGAAACAUUUUGAGUUGUUAGAGCAUUAAUUAGAUUUGAUAGGCUCUGUGUUAUAACUUCAGAAAAGUGCCUUCAUCCUUCAGCCAAUUUCUUAAAAGAGAAAUAUUCAUCUAUUCUUACCAGGUAACCUCAAGAAAAAACCUAGAAUCUGCCUUAAGACAGUUGGAAAGAGAGAGAGCUCUUCUCCAACACAAGAAUGCAGAAUAUCAGCGGAAAGCAGAACAUGAGGCAGAUAAAAAACGUAAUCUAGAAAAUGAUGGUAUGUGAACCAGAAUCUUGAAGAGCCAUUGCUGAACAAUGUUGAACAACAUUGUGUUAUUGGUGCUUGGAAUUUGUAAAAGGCUUUUGUGUUUAACUUACUUACUGUCUUUAUUACAGUUAACAGUUUAAAGGAUCAACUUGAAGAUUUGAAAAAGAGGAAUCAGAACUCUCAAAUAUCCAAUGAAAAAAUCAUUCAACUACAAAGACAGGUAAAUUACAUUUCUAUUUGUAAAUUAAGCCCAAAAUCUGAGGGAUUAAUUAAGAAUUGUCAUAUUUUUUUUAAAAAAAAUUGAUGAUGAAAUGCUUUGCUGCAGUAUUACUGCAUCUUGAACAUGCUUAAAAGCUGACCGUUUAUGGUUGGUGAGUUAACUCUGAAAUUUCUUCAUGGUUCAAUAGCUGGAUGAAGCCAAUGCUUUGCUACGCACGGAGUCUGACACAGCAGCCAGGCUGAGAAAAAACCAGACCGAAAGUACAAAGCAGAUUCAGCAGCUGGAAGCUAAUAACAGAGAUUUGCAGGAUAAGAACUGUGUCCUGGAGAAUACUAAGCUGAGACUUGAGAAGGACUUCCUCAAUCUCCAGUCAGCUCUAGAAUCUGAAAGAAGAGACCGAACACAUGGCUCGGAGAUUAUCAGUGAUCUACAGGGUAUGAGAACCAGUGUGCUAGAAAUAUUCAGUGUUGCAUAACUGCCCUUGUUUUAAUUCGGGUUUCAUUGACAUGCUCAGUAAAAAUUACUAUUGUCCCUCCAUUUAAUUGAUCAAGAAGUGGUAACAUUUUCUCACUAAUUAUUCUGACACCAUCAAAGCAUCUGGAAGAUAGAUUUUCUUGUUUAAAUCACAGUUCAUAAAACCUUGCAUUUUAAUGCCACACAUGGCUAACGUUCUUUUUCUUGUUGGCCUCUUCCAACAUUUUUUAGGCCGAGUAUCUAGUUUGGAGGAAGAAGUAAAAAAUGGAAAGACUAUAUUAACUAAAAUGGAGACAGAGAAAAGACAAUUACAAGACAGAUUCACAGAUCUGGAAAAGGUAAACAAUUCAGAUAUUUGAAUGUUGUUUAUUGAUUUAAUGCAGCAAAUAUAGUACUUGUGGUAUUCUGAUCUUCAUAAUUCCUUUUAUAGCAGCAGCAAUAGUAAUAAUAGUAAUAAUUCAUUAUUUAUAACCCGCCCAUCUGGCUGGGUUUCCCCAGUGAGAGUUUGGCAGUGUUUUUCUGUGAAUGUAUCAUGCCCUGUUUUCACCAUAUCCUGUUUAGUUUGUGACCUCUAUGUUGGCUUUAAGUCUGAAGCAAUUGCUAAGGACCAUCUCUUGCAGCUUUUGUCUUCUAGUGGUAAUAGUUGAUGAUAACUUUAGGUUAGGGCAGCUUUGAUAUAUUUUAUGUAAAUAAUUAUUUGAUGAAAGCUGAGAAAUGGAGGGAAUGGGGGAUAUGGAGUUUGGGAUGUGUGAAGAGUGUUGAGAUUGUCAUGUUGCUUCUGUUCCAAGAAUGUCAGCUAAUCUUGCUAGCCAGUUAGCGAUGCUGAAGAAUCAGAAAGUUUUUAUCUCAGAAGAUCUUCCUCAUGCUGCAACACUAGUUUCUAUUGGUCUGUGAUGGGGGUGGGUGAUGUACAGCACUUCUGAUAAACAUCCUGUUUCCAAAUGAAUGUGUGCCAUAAGGUUAGUCUUUUAUUGGGCGAAGACCAAGACAAAGUCAGAAAUGUGAAUCGAAGCUUAUAUUUUUCUUGUAAUGACUGAACAGUCAUUCCAAUCAGAUUGCAUAUUUUUGGUUUAUGGCACUAGUGGGAUUAUAGUCAAGCAAUUACAUUUUUGUGUGUUUACUUAACAGGAGAAGAGCAACAUGGAGAUAGAUAUGACGUACAAGCUUAAGGUCACGCAGCAGAACUUGGAGCAGGAAGAAAAUGAACAUAAGGCAACUAAAGCCCGACUAGCAGACAAAAAUAAUAGCUAUAAGUCCAUUGAGGAAGCCAAAUCUGAAGCCAUGAAAGGUAAGCAUUUAAUGUCACACACUCAUAACUUCAUUUAUUUAUUAUAUUCAUAUCACAUCCUUUCUUCAAGGAAAUCACAGCAGCAUUUUUGCCUCACAGUAAUUCUGUACUUUGGCUUAGACUGAGAGAUAAUUACCCAGCCAGCUUCAUACUUGAGUGGAGAUGGAACUGGAUUUUUCCCGUAUAAGUCCAGUUCUCUAGCCACCAUCCACAAUGGCUAAUCUGAAUUUAAAACUUUAUUAGCACAAGUUAGUUGUGUUGGCAUAGUAUAAACUAAGACGGUUUAGCUUCAGAACUCCUAUUUGGUGAUGGGGGUUUGGUCAGAGGCAGGGACAACAUGGGCACUGUGGCUGUCAUAUUUACAGUGGAAUUUCAGGUUACGUACCGUCCUUCUUACGAACGCUUUGGGUAAUGAGCUCUGCUAACCUGGAAGUAGGUCUCCUGGUUGCAAACUUUGCCCUGGGAUGCGAGCGGAAGUCACGCGCCUGCGGUGCAGCAGCAGCGGGAGGCCCCAUUAACGAAAGCGUGCCUCAUGUUAACAAGGGUUCCAGGUUAAGAACGGACCUCCGGAACGAAUUAAGUUCUUAACGGCGGUACCACUGUACAUAUGUUCAGCAAUCCAUACGUCUUAGUGUGCAGUUCUGUGAUCACAUCCCUGAGAGUAGCCUCCAUUGAACCCAAUGGGUUGUAUUCCGUGAAAUCAUUGUGUGAGUGGAACAACUAACGCCUGCACAAUGGAACUUCCUCUCUGGAUUCCUCCAACCCUCUAGGGCAGAUAGGUAGGUGUGGGUGGAGAAGCGGGAGGGAAGUUCUGUGGCACAAGCGGAAGUAAUUUGCUCAUGCAGUGACUUGGUUGGAUUCGACCCAAUGGGACUUAAGUUCUGAACAGGCAAUCACAGAAUUUGCUGUUAAGGGUCUUACAAAUUGCAUAAUGGUGCCUCUGAAUGCGUCUGACGUUUUAUGUUUUGUCAACAACAACAACAAAAGGAUGAGCAAGGGUGGCAUUUAAAAUGUUUUUGACAGAAUUGAGGUCAGUCGUACCCAGAUAAUUUAGGUCAUCUUGCCACUUUUAAGACAGGCAUUGAAUAGCUUGGGAAAGAAAGAAAAAACUUUUUUGCAUGUAAAUUUUGCUAGAAAUAAAUCUCAUGCUCUUAACAAUACUAAUGAAUUUAUUUGAUGUUUUACUGGAAUGUACAGAAGUUUCCAGAACUGUCUAGUCAAAGAUAAAAGAUAGAUAAAACUGGUGGGCAGUCAUGCAUCAAAAAGUGUAUCUCACUUUCACAAAAGUGAAUAUGGGUAGACAGUAAAUGAACGUGUCUUUGAGUAGGAAGCAGAAAUUUGACAGUAAAUUGAAGCUGAAGAGAUCUGCUUAUGUAACUUAAAUUUCUUGUUCAAGCUGGCUGGGUAGAACUGAAAAGUGUUUGACAAACAGGCUCUUCAGAGUAUUUUUUUGUCUAAUUUAAGAGGAUUUUAGUUAUGCUGGUCCUUCACUGUCAGCUGUAUUUUCAGUGUCAAACUGUAUAUUAACUUUCUUACAUUAAAUGGCGGUGAUGUGUUUGUUUCUCUUUUGCUUCACAGAAAUGGAAAAGAAGCUUUCGGAAGAAAGAGUUUUAAAAUUAAAAGUGGAAAACUGCUUAUUAGAAGUAGAGAAGCGGUGCUCCAUGUUGGAUUGUGACUUGAAGCAGUCGCAACAGAAAAUAAAUGAGUUGCUAAAGGAAAAGGAUAGAUUAAGUGAGAACGUAAGUAUUAAAGAGGAAAUUUGCAAUAUAUUUAAGUGUUGUUCCUGGUUAGGUCUACAUAAGGCUCCCCCACCCAUCAGUGGUAUUUUGUACCAAGUUUCUGUUUAGCUUCUUUACCUUAGUUCUUUAUCACAAACAAGUGUGAGAUGAGGUAGAGUAACCAAAUAGCUUGCUUAAACUCAAAUAAUUAACAUGCACCGUUAUAUGCCCUCACUUUGGCCCUGCCCAAUGAAACAUUGUGCCCUGAGAAGCCAUUCCUGAGGCUCAGGGAACUCCAUGGAAAAGCUGGGGUAGGUGUUGUGCUGUAUUGGGAGAAGACUAAAAAUCAGGGCUGUGGGCAGGCUUACACCUCAGUGUAUGUUUAGAAGUUCCUUAUCCAGUGCUUUUUUGGGGGGGGACACGGGUACGCAUACCCCUAAACAUUUUUUUGAAUCUUUAUACUUUACUUUUGUUCAUUUACUGUAUUUAUUUUUCCCAAUUUGAACUAUAAAAUGGUGAUUUUCUUGAGUCAAAAUGAGAGUACCCCUAAACAUUUUUUUCGGGGAAAAAGCACUGGCCUUAUCCAAACCAAAUACUGUACUGAAUCGACAUCUUAAUCCCCUGUGUAGGUUACUUGAAAUAUAUAUGGGGCAUUUAUUGCAGUCUCAUUUACCCCAUGUAAAGAUGUGUUGGUAUAAACAGUGACACAAGUAAGAGUGUUCGUUGCAAGUCACAUUCACCUGUAGAAUUUACUGCUGUGUGAUUGUGAUUAAGAUUGUAGUCUUACAGCCCCAAUUGUAUGCAUGUUUAAUCAUCAAUAAGUACCACUGUGUCUAGUUGAGCUUAUUUCUAGCUAUGUGUGCAAAGGAUAGCAACCUUUUAAUGAUUUUUAAUAAUACAAGUAAGGGCUGUACAAGAUGUUUUGAAAACUUUUAAGUGUGGUUGAUUUUCUCAAAACUAAUUUCCUUUGGUUUUGGAGAGAGUGUUAGAGGUGAUACCUUCCUUCUCCGGACGUUAUUACUCUGAAAAGGUUUUGAGCUAUAUAUAUUUUCUUUUUCUUCAAUCUUUCGGUGUUCAAUCAGUCUUAAAAAGUGAUUUCCAUGGUGGAUGCAGAAAUAACUGCUAGUGACAUGUAAUGAAUGUUUACCUGCUCUUCAAAGUAGUUUUGGCAAGACAGACUUUGUCCCCAUUUUACCUUCAAACACACACUUAAACAAAGUGAGCACAGUGGUAUUGUUACUUUUAUGAAUAUUUGUACAUAAAACAUAUUUAUGUAUAAAAGGAAUCCAUUUGUUUUGUAGGUUGAAAACCUGACACUAAAAAUAGAACAGGAAACACAAAAGCGUUCUCUGACACAAAAUGACUUGAAGAUGCAAACACAGAAUGUCAAUGCACUGAAAAUGUCGGAAAAACAACUAAAGCAGGAAAACAAUCAUCUGUUGGAAAUCAAACUUAGCUUGGAGAAGCAAAAUAAUGAACUUAGAAAGUAAGCAAAUUCUACAAUUGGAAUGUUUAUUCUUACCACUUUAGAUAGAUAGAUAGACAGACAGAUAUUUACUUAAUGUUAUUUAUAAGAGUAUUUCUAUACUAAUAUAUGAAAUAUCAGGGUGGUUUAAAUGUCAUUAAAAAAAGAAGAAGAAUUAAGCUGGCUCAUAGGCCUGGUGGCUUAAAAAUGCAUUCAGGAGAUGCCUGAACUGCAGAAGCAAUGAUGGCUGCCAACUUCUAGUUGAGACCAGUCAGACCUCUGAAACACGGGAGGCAACUAACAGUCAUCCUCUUGAUGAUCUUAGUGAGUAGUUCCAUUGUAGUUGCUGAGGAGUCACAACUUUCAUGAACAUGGCUAAACUGGAGAGUUUGGGGCCACACAUAACACGAUCAAAUGUGUAACAAAGACUUGAUUCUAAACUGACAAAGGGCUGGUAAAGAAUUGAGGAUACAAUGAGGCAGGUAAUCUUGUUGUUCUUCAGGUCACCCUGAAAGAUUAAGAAGUACCAGAACAUGCAUUAGUAUUCAGAUUUUCCCCAUUUCAUUUAUUCUCCAUUUUGAAUGUACAUGCAGCAGCUUAGUUGCUGCAGAAACCACUUCAGUAUGGAGAUCUUACCUUGUCAAAGCAGUUGUCAGUAGUGGCCACACUGCUGUGGGUGCAUAAUCUCCCUGAUAUAUUGUUUAUGAAAUAGAGCAAGGUCCUUGUGGGAGAGUAUUUAUAAUAAUAAAACUCAACUCCCACUCCAGUGGUACUUCUAAACCUGCUGCGCUGCACCAUUCAGUCUUGCAUACAGUCAUACCUCGGGUUAAAGACGCUUCAGGUUAAAUCUUUUCAGGUUGCGUCCCGCAGCGACCAGGAAGUAACGGAACGGGUUACUUCCGGGUUUCGCUGCUCGCCCAUGCGCAGACGCUCAAAAUGACGUCACAUACACGAAACAGAAUGGCGAAUCGCGACCUUCUCAUGUGCAGAUGUGGGUUGUGUUCUGCUCAGGUUGCGAUCAGGGCUCCGGAACAGAUCCCAUUCGAAUCCAGAGGUACCACUUUAUCUCUCCCCUUUAAUUUAAUCACCUGGUUACUGUGGGGUAAAGGUGUAGUACAAAGCCACUUCAGAUACAGAUAUUUAAUAAAGGUAUUUAGGUUUAUUACAAUAUCAUUAAAGGCACAGGCUUAUCAGAUUACUUUAAAAUAGUACUGUAUCUUUAAAUGAGUACAUGUUCUAUUAACUUGUUAUUGUUACUUUAAAUACUAACAACUUAUAUUCUGCUGAUCUGCCAGCAAGAGGAUGGCCACAAGCAAAUAAGGCACUGAAUCCUUCCUUCUCUUGUGACAAUGGCAGGGCCUUCCAAGAGGCAGAAAUGCAUCUCGCUUGUGUUUGAGAGUUGUACUCCCAAUGUACAGCUCAGAACUUGCUAGCCUUCAGUGUACAAGAAUUCUAAUAAGCUAAUUCUGUACAUAGUCUUCCAUUAAAAUCUUCCUGUUAACAGUUUUAGGAAGUUAUGUUGGGGGAGUAAAUAUAUGGACACCUUGCCUUAAACAUUUUGGCCAUUCUAAAGGAAAAUUAAUUUAUUUUUAAUUAUAAAUUUUCUAAUGUUCUGGAAAAGAUGAAAGGCUUCAGAAAGAAAUGAUGGUAGGCCUGAAUACCAUAGUGACAGGUGAGCUGCUGUGAACUCUUCACCUUUUCAUAGUGAGCUCAUUCUUGAGAGAAGGAUAUUUGCUACAGGGUUUGUGCUCUAGUCCCUCCUGCUUCUCCCUGCCAGCUUCUUCCUGCUUCUAGGUAUUUUUAUUAGCGAGUGAGAUAAUUGUAGAAAAGCGCUGCUAGGCAAAUUUAGGAUGGCCUCCAACCUGAGGUGGAGUGUGCACUAGUGCCAGGGAAUUUUGAUGCCCUUUGGAGCAAUUUUGGAUACACUGUAUCCAAGGUACAGUGGUGCCCCGCAAGACGAAUGCCUCGCAAGACGGAAAACCCGCUAGACGAAAGGGUUUUCCGUUUUUCAAUGCGCUUCGCAGGACGAAUUUCCCUAUGGGCUUGCUUCGUAAGACGAAAAUGUCUUGCGAGUCUUGAGAUUUUUUCCCGCUUCCCCCCCCCCUUUUUCUAAGCCGCUAAGCCUUUAAUAGCCUUUUAGCAGCUAAUCCUCUAAGCCUUUAAUAGCCGCUAAACCGCUAAUAGCGCUAAGCCGCUAAUAGGGUUGCUUCGCAAGACGAAAAAACCGCUAGACGAAGAUACUCGCGGAAAGGAUUAAUUUCGUCUUGCGAGGCACCACUGUACACACAAGCUUUCUACUGGCUUGUAUUAUAUAUACAGUGGUACCUCGGGUUAAGAACUUAACUUGUUCUGGAGGUCUGUUCUUAACCUGAAACUGUUCUUAACCUGAAGAAAACUAAAUCAACUUUCAGUAGACAAGACAGAAAGCUUCUCACAUCAGAUACGUUGUAGUGCACAUUACAGAAUGAUCAUUAAAGCUGAAUUCAAAUAAACAGGAUUUCUUAACAGUUCUCUUCUGCCCUGCUGUCAUUAUGGACUACAAGGAAAGGUGAACAGUCUGGCAGUAGAAAAUCCAAUUUAAUCAUGUGUGCGAGCACCGUUAAUCAGAAGAACCAUAGUAUUUUAAAAAUAAGUACAUGUUAUUCUAACAGGGAACGUCAAGAUGCGGAUGCACAGAUGAAAGAGCUUCAGGAUCAACUUGAAGCAGAACAAUAUUUUUCGGUAUGUACUGCAUUGCCAUUGUUAUUAUUCCAUUCAUUAAGUGUAGCAUAGGCAUUUUUCUAGGGGUUUGUAGCCAUCUCACUGAGGUGUAAAUCUCAUAUUUCCCCAAUGGAAAUUAGUAGGUUUGCAAUCAUGAGGGUAGUUUUCUUAUUACUUAACAUGGUUUUGCAUUUUAAAUAUGCUUCAUAGUAGCAUAUUAACACUAUGCAAUUUCUGUGGAAUCAAAGUAAAUUGCCUUAUCUUUGUACCCUGAGUGAACUGCAGAGAUAGCACAUUGUGAGUUGCUACCUUGGAGUGACAAGGCAAUUAUGUGAGAGAGAUAUGACCUACAAUAUUUGUUGGUUACAUUUAGAGCUCUAGUUUGAGUAGGGCAUUUUCGUAGCCCUCACUCCUGAUAAUGCCAGCAACUGAUUAGUGUCUGUUCAUUGUGAACACUUGCUCCUGUUCUUGCAAGAUUCCACAUCUUGAACACUGUAGAUGUUAAGGCAAAAUGAACCUUCUAACGGGACUUUUUCCGUUCAGGUGACUGAACCCAUCCCACAGUAUUUACAUCAGUUUCCCUUUUUAAAAUUUCAGACUCUCUAUAAAACGCAAGUUCGGGAAUUAAAAGAAGAGUGCGAGGAGAAGGCCAAACUUGGUAAAGAUAUACAACAAAAAAUGCAAGAGUUGCAGGAUGAAAGGUGAGAAUUUGGCUGUUUGAUUCUUGGCCAUGCGCGAUAGAAUACCACUAUUUGAAAUUCAGAAAUGAUAGAAAUAAUUUCUUCAACCACAAUAAUAGUUUAUCAUUUCUUUGUAGAGACUCUUUGGCCGCACAACUGGAGAUCACGUUAACUAAAGCUGACUCAGAACAGUUGGCUCGCUCCAUCGCCGAAGAGCAAUACUCCGAUUUAGAGAAGGAAAAGAUCAUGAAAGAGUUAGAGAUUAAAGAGAUGAUGGCAAGGCACAAGCAAGAACUUGCCGAGAAAGAUGCCACAAUAGGAUCAGUAAGUAGUUUGAUGUUUCCGCAAGAGUUCUUGAUUUUGGACACAAACUCAUUCAGCAUGAUGAUUUAGUCCCUGCAAACCGAAGCCAUAUUGAGUUGAUGCAGAAAACAUCAGUAAGUAACUUGGAAAUUUCUUGGGCAAUAUGUGUUCCACAAUGAAGAUAACAAAUGUUUACUGCUCAGAGAAAAUGUUUCUCAGAAUAUGAUUUUCCACCUGGCUGGAAAAGUGCAGUUACCACAGUUCAUUUCAGCCUCCUGAGAAGUAAAUCUGUUCAGACAGUACCCACUAAUUACACAGAGUAUAAUUUUGUCAUGUUGCUAUCAUGGAUACUUCAGUACUGAAUAUUUUGAAGGUGUAAUUUGACUAGUCAGUAGCUGGGGUCCUUGAUUUCUCUCUCCUAAGGAGUAUUGGUUGCUGCUAUAAAAGAUAGUAAAAUGAGCUGCAAUAAGCAGUCCUGAACCUUGUUACAUAAGAUCCAGUUUGCUUGUAACGCUAAAGCAAAGCAUGACUUAGGGCAAACGUGCAGUUGAUUUGUUCUUCCUUUGGCCCUGUGGCUGUGCUUGGCAAUCAGCUGAACAGUUUGUGCCUGCAAAACAGUUGCUCCCUUUUGGCUGAGCCAGAUUUUUACUUGCACCACAACUGACCAUAUUAGCUUUGCCGAAGCAGCCUUGCAGGCUGUAUGGUGAGGCAUAAGGUUCCCCACCCCUGGUUUAGCAUGCCGUCCAAACCCAGGCAUGUGGUUCUUCCCGCUGUAAGCCCAUGGAACAAACAUUGAUUACAGCUUGUGGUUAAUCAAGAGUGUGAAAAGGAUAAGCUCAGGUUUGGACAAAACACCAAGUCCAUCUCAGCAGCAAGAUGAGAGGGAGAGCAAAUUUUCCCUUUCAGAAGCCCAUGUGUUUGUACAAUGUUUUGGCUUACAUUACAUAAAAACUGAACCAAACAACUCACAUUGGUUUUCAGUUCUUCUGUAGCCCAAUACAUAAUUGUAGCUACAUUGUAUAGGAAUUAAAGAUUUAAAGAUUCUUCUGGUCUAAUACUCUUCCUCUUCUGGCUCAUGAAUGGUGCCCAGUAUUCAACUACUGCAAAUUGUGUUCAUCUGUGAACCCAACCUAUUAUUUGUCUUGCUUUUGAACCUUGCCUUGAUUGUUUUUAAACUUUCUGCAGCUUUUUGGCCUUUUCCCCCUGUAGUGUAAAGCUCCCUUUACUAUAUUUUUUCACUAUUUUGUUCUUAAACCUAUUUGUCUCCUUCUACGCAACUUCCUUCAUGUGCUCUUCUAGUAGCUACAAACUCCUAAUCCCAGCAGUAUCAACUCAUAAUUAAACAGGUUGCUGGUUUAUUUUUCAAGCCAAAGAGUAACAAAUUUCUACUUCAUUUUAGCUUGAAGAGGCAAAUAGGACGCUAACAAGUGAUGUCGCAAAUCUUGCUAAUGAAAAAGAAGAGCUGAAUAACAAGCUCAAAGAAGUCCUAGAACGUGAGUGUUGUGGUUUUGUUUUUUUAAAAGUAACUUCUUUUAUAUCAGAGUCUAUUAUUUUUUCACUUUGCAAAUAUUAGUGAGUCUGUUUUCAUUUGCAGGAAUGUCCCAAAUGAACGCAGAGGAAAAUGAUAUAGGGGUGCUUAAGAGUCAAUAUGAGAAACAGCUAGCUUAUGAACGAACAAUGAAAACACAGGUAAAGUAUGAAAACUGUGGGAGAAGGAGUUUUGUUAUCACUGUACAUUAUAUAUGAGAGAAAAUACUACAGGUAAUGCAAAUAAAAUAAGCCCUGUAAAUGUUUAUAGCACUAGACUCCAAUAUAAUAUCAUUUCUCUGAUCCCUUCCUUGUUCAAACUAUUCAAAACUUUAUUGGUGAACUAUAGUUUAUUUGGCUUUGUGGAUCAAAACUUAGGACAAGCAUUUUUAAAAUCUUUGAACCUUUUGGUAAUGACAGCUGCCAAACUCAGUGUAGAAUAUAUUAUAUUUUGAUCAAGUAGAAAACUCAAAACAAAAUGCUGUAAUUGUGGGUUGCAGAAACAUCUGAUUCUGUAAUCCUAAGGUAACUGUUUAUUCUUCUUGUGCAUCUCCGUCCACCAGGCUGUAAAUAAGUUAGCUGAAGUGAUGAACCGUAAGAAUCCUAUCCAGCGAGGAGCAGACACUGAUGUUAGAAGAAAAGAAAAGGAGAACAGGAAACUGCACAUGGAGCUGAAGUCUGAACGUGAAAAUUUAUCCCAGAUGAUGAUCAAAUAUCAGAAGGAGAUCAAUGAGAUGCAAGCGGUAAGUACCUGUACACAGAUGUAUCUGGCAACAAUAAAUUGCUUAAUGGAUUAAUAAAUUGCUGAAAGAGAAUUUGAUCUGAAAGAAUGUUUCAAAAGUUGACAGACCUUGUAGAGUUUGUAAAUAUUUCCAAUCGUUGAAUCUACCUUUGUAUUCCUAAAACCUUUGCAGCAGUCCUACUGCCCUUAGUCACUUGUUCCUCUUCUCAUUGCAUGAGCUUUUGUAGCCCAAAUGUGCUAUUUCAUAAGGUUACAUCUUCUCCCCCUGCCAUCAUCCAGGGGGAUUAAAAUUAAAAGAAUGCUCUUCCAAUAAGCAUGCCAAGAAAAUCCUGUAAGCAAGAUUAUAUAAGGUGGGAAAUAUUUAAUAAUAAGAUGAGGUUUGAUUUGUGCUCCUUGAAUCUCUUUUUAUAGCAAAUAGCGGAAGAGAGCCAGAUACGAAUAGAAUUGCAGAUGGCUCUGGACAGCAAAGAUAGUGACAUUGAACAGCUUCGCUCACAGCUGCAGUCAAUACGCAUUGACAGUACCAGUAUGCCAUGUGGCUCAGGGGAAGCAGAUGCUGAUGGUAAGAUUCAUUCUUCAUUAGCACACUUAUCUUUUGUCACAAAAAUCCAGUGUUUAAACUGAUUCCUUUCCAUAGCUUCCAAAAGUCGCUAGCAAUGUAAUUUUCUCACCUACCUUCUUGCCACUAACAUUUUGACCUUUUAGCACCUUCUGAAAUGUGAAGAAUAUAGUUAUUAUUAUCCCCCUAAAGCUAUUCCGUUCCAUUAUAACUGAAGAAGUAAAUGUUUUUAAAGCUCUUUUGUCAUUAACUUUUUGUGCACUUUAUCCCUAUCAUGCUGGGUUCUCAGUUCAUAUUACUCAAUCCCACACUAUGGAGUCAAUGUCUUUUACCUACGAACGCUCUUCUACCUCUGUCAGUAUUGCCACUAAGCCUUCCAGUUCUCGUGUGUUUAUCAACUCUGAUUCUGACUCAGAGGAGGAAUCGGCGUCUUCUGUAGAAGUCCCUUCAGAACCUGACAGUCCAGGUGACAUUCCUACAAACCAUUUAGUGAUGGAAUGCUGCUGCUCCUCUGAACUUUCAUUACUAACAUUGCAAGCAGUUGAAAUCAAAUAUAGUUGUGUUGCAUGAAGAAUGAAGUUGCUAAGUGAAGAAUGAAGUGGCCCUUUUAAUCUAAAGUAGCCACUGAUUGUAUUCCUAAUUAAGUAUACUCUAGAGGCAUAUGCAUGCAGUAUGCAUCUUUCCCCUUAGCAACAGCCCCUUCCACCCUUCUCCAAGUUGCUGCUAAGAAAAUUAGGGCUUGCUGUGGCGAUCACACAGGGCCCCCAGACGUUUCAUGGUCUAUUGACCCUGUGCCACCACUGCGGUUAGCUUUAUUCGCUGCCGCCACCCCGCUGCUCACGGGGACACACGGAGUCCAGACAGUUGUGAACAUAAAUAAUCAAGUUUAUUUUUAAAUGCAGGAACAAGCGUAUGGUUACAGUUUAUUUUUCUCUUGUCAGUUUCCUAAUCUUAGUUCCUAACAACUUCAAAGUGAAUUAUUAUUCUAUCUGACUCAACCUAACAAUUCCUCUCACCCUCUCACAAUACAACUCUGCCAACCCACACCUAAGCCUCCCUCUUCCUUCUCCAACACCCAAGCCUCAACUCCCAACUCCCAAACCUCAGCGGACUCCCACUCUAUCUUUUACUCCCCCCUUGCAUUCUCACUGGCCAAUCACAUCACACCCAUUUUAACCCUUUCCUUGACCCAUCCUAGGAGGCAAAAGCCACACUUGCAAACUUAAGUUGAUUCAUUGACAGGAAUUGUUAGUUAAAAGUGGAAGUUGAGUGACAUUCUUUUCAUUUGUGGAUUUUGUUUCUCAAAUGGCACUUUUGAAAAUUGUGGCUUCUGUUUAUCAAAUUGCACAUAUAUUCCUCCCUUCAGUAAGUAAAAGAAGAAGAUGCUUACAUUGAGAAAUUGACUGUUAUCAAUUAUAUUUAAUUAUUAUCUAUUAAAAGACAAAUGAUGAAUCAAUCCUGAAUUAAUCACUCUAGUGAAAGUGCACUGGAUUUUUUUAUUUAUUUAGGAAGAAAAAUGAUAUGGAAGAUCUUAAAAGGGUGUGUGCUUCCAGAUCAUCUACAAUGCCAAAUCUAGGUAUCUUAAGUUACACAUUCAAAAGGGCUCAUCAGCCAGUGAAAUAACUAGGUGACUUAGGCCCAUUUCAGAAAUCAGUGCCCCAACCUUUGGCUUGCUGUUGCUCUAAAUUCACGUACUGACUGUGCAGGUAUGUGAGCAUACAUUCACAGUCUCACUGCCAACUCUCUACACAAAAGACACUAAGCUGAGUACUUGCUGCUGCUUUGGCACUGCUUCUCUCACUCAGUUUUGGUAGCCUGCUUUCUUCUAUGAUAUGUUAGGCAAGGGCUUCCUAGCUCCCAUGUAAUGGUACAAUAAAUCAGAAAGGUAAUCAACUAGAGGUGAUGGAACAAUACAUUCUCUAACAUUAUGAGAGCAAAGUAAUAGAUACCUUUGGGUUGGUCCAUCCCCUUGUCACAAUUGCCUUACACGUUGAACAUCUGAAAACUCUGAUCUGAAACAUGACAUUUAGAGACUAGGUUUUGUUUUUUUGUAAAACUUUCCUUAGGCAGAUAUCUUCUAUGGGAAGAGCAGGGACUACUGGUAACACAAAGCUGAGAAAGCUGUACUAAAUAUAUUUAAAUGGCACUCAGGUGUGUGGACUGGAAGAAUUCAUAAGUAUUCAGAUCCCACAGAUUACAGUGCUUAAGAAUAAUUAACUGACUUGCUGAAACAAUGGAAAGCUAUUAGGAUAAGAAGUUUAUAGAGGGGAAAAUGGCAUUUGUUCUUGUCAUUGUAUCAUUUUCUUAUUAGGGAAAUAGGGACAUACAAUGUAGCAUACAUCUUCUCUCCAUUCCUUUCCCCUAAAAUCUAAAAGAGGUGAAGUUGGUUGAAUCAUUGGUGGCUCGGUGCUGCUAAUAUAUUUUCAGUGCUAGUAGGAAAGACAAUAGAGAAACUGCUGCAGUGCUGUGUUCAAUUAAUCAGGGUGUGUUUGUUUGUGUGUGCGCACACAUAUGCAUGUGUACAGAGUGUAUCAGGAUAUUGACAGUGGAAGCACAUUAGAUUUUAUAGGAAGGGGAACUGAAAAUGAGGGGGAACCUUCUAUAUUUUUCAAAGGACUUUCCACCAAAAGUUAAACAAAGCAUGUCUCAGUGUAAAGACUAUAAUACAAAGCAUAUUUUGUUAAUCUUUGUUUUCCCUAUGCAUCAAUAUACUUCAAACUUUUGUUCUUGCUAGAAGUUUUGCAAACAUUCGCAUUCUGUUUUGUGAAAUCUAGUGGGUUGGAUACUGACUUGCCUCCCUCAUCUCUUUUGCCUAAGCCAUGUGAUUCGGCUACCUCCACCUUCAAGCCACUCUGCCUCCCUUUCAGAUCAUUUCUUCUUCCACAGUCCUCUUCAUCUGCUGUCUCCCUAACAAACCCAUUGCAACAUACAUUACAAUAUAAAUAAAAGAAUGCAUUACAUAAUACUCAUGAAAACACAGUCUAAAGCAACAGAAUUUCUUUACACAAGGGAAGCUGUUUAAGGCAGUACAGAGGGUCCAAAUUCUGCACCAAGAGCAGGAACCCUUGAGUACAUUGUACAACUUCUGUGUUUAAUACUCUGGAGGUUUAGAAAUAGGAGAAUUUGCUGUGUGUGCUUUAUUAACGUUUUCCAAAAGGAAUCAGAAUGGAUGGCACAGACAUUUCCUUAAAUAGUAAUAAAUGCUUUAGACAUGUUUCUGCUGUGGAACAUAAAACAUUUACUAAUAGGAAUGUGUGGUGACACAAUUUUAUGACUAGAGCUUUGCUCGUGUUUGCUUCUAAAUUUCAGCUGUUUUGAAAUAUGGUAUUUGCUUGUAGAUGAACACAGCUUUCAAGAAAACAUUUUUCUUAACUUGACAUGACUUUAAAAAGUAGCACAAUACCUAUUCAAUAUUAAUUGUUUUGAUGUUUGCUCACUUUAAUACUUUUCAGAGUCACGGCUAGAGGGCUGGCUAUCAUUGCCUGCCCGAAACAAUACAAAAAAAUAUGGAUGGGUUAGAAAGGUAAGAAAUGCAUGCAAUUCUUAGAGCUAUUACUUGGGACGUGAUAUGCAGUUAUUUUAAUGCUCUGUUCAGCACGUGAAAACAGAGCGCUACAGUUUUUGAUACAUUGCUGCUUUUCUAGAGAUUGAUUAUGAGCCUAUCUGGGAUGCAAGAGCACUUUCUUUUGAGGAUUUUGAAGGCUUUUCUACCAACAGGAAGAGAAAGCUGAGUGGGAUAGGAAUCACACACACAGUGGAAGAUGGGUCAUUGGCUGCUUAUCAUCCCAUAUCUCCUCCUUAGUGGAUAGUUUUCUUUUAAGUGUUAGAAGUAGGAGCAGCAGGGAAAAUGAGAAUUUGCCAGAUCCAGGUGGAAGACAUUCCCAGAGUGAGCUUACACCUCCUACUGGAAGGAAUGUGCAGGGUCCCUUCAAGUCUUUAGCCUCUUCACCAGGGAGAGGAGUCCUCCCUCUUUCAGUCUCCUCAGUUGAGUCUGUGUGUUCCCUCCCCAGUGUCUCCCCACCCCCAGUCUCUCCCUGCCUUUUCUUGAAUUCACAGUGGAGGAGUGGGGGCUUUUUGUUUGGGGGCCUUGGUGACUGCUAGAGCUCCAGGCACAUCCUACAAAGAGCCUUAUAAAUGCAAUCACCUUUUAAUAUUGAGCACAGCCAUUGCUGUGGCUUGUCCAGCUUCCUUUGAUGGCGGGGUGUGUGUGCAAGAAGCAUCCAGUGGGACCUGCCUGCAUUGCUCCCCACCCUUCCUGUUGCUUUGUUGUAGCCCAUGUGAGGGCUUGAGCAUGCAGCCCCAGCUUCAUUGGUGUGGGUAGACCCCCAUGCCUCUUCAGACAGCCUUUGGGCUUUGGUGCACAACUGUGGCUUCCCCUCUCUUUUUUGUUGGGCCUGUGAGGAGAGGCUGACUUAAUAGUGGCCUGUCCUCUGUCUGUGCCUCCGUGCCAUGGUGGUUGCUCUGUGGACAUCUGUCUGACUCUAGUUCCUCCAUGGCUGACUGGUUCCCUAUGGCUGUGGUUGCAUCUGCUGAGGUGCGUACCUCUUCAUCUAGCCUCCCCCCCCCCCCGAUUGCAGGGGGUUGGACUGGAUGACCUUCUAUGUCGUCCCCCCCGGAAAAGAGACAAAAGGCUUGAGAGGACCCUGCCUGAUCCCUCCAGUAGGAGGUGUCACCCCACUCUAGAAUGUCUUCCACCUGGAUCCUCAAACAGAAAUUCACAAUAAGACAAAUUUCCACUGGGGUAUGUACUAUAUACUAGGCAUACACUAGUAUAUAGUAGAGGCCACUACAGAUUUGGAUGUGGGUUGAGAGAGGAAGGGUUGUAUAUGCACAUUUUGGCUAUCCAUCAGCAUGAAAUCCAAUUACAGUCUUAAAGCUAAUGAACGACUUGACUCAGACUAGACGCUUUAGUACAUUGGGAUUUUGUUUCUGUAACUUAGUUGAGCUUUUAUCAUGCUUGCUGCAUCAUAUCUUAAAGAGUUUGUUCUUUUGCUUAUUUAGUUUUGAUGAUGUUUUGUCCAUUGUUUUUGAUGUGACUAUCGCAAUAUAAAUCGUAACAAUGCAUUUAAAGGGUUAGAUGACUUUGUUGGGCAAGUAGCUUUAGUUAUCAAACUUUUUAAGUAAUUCGUUUUGUGAUGUGGUUUAAUCCUAUGAAAGUAUUGUCAUGGGAAAAAUAUGGCAUGUGUAUAUCAAAGUAAAAAUUUGUUGCCCAACCUGUGUGUUUACUUACAUAUUUUUUUUAAUUUAAAAAACAGUAUAUAAUUGUGAGCAGCAAGAAAAUACUAUUCUAUCACAAUGAACAAGAGAAAGAACAAUCAAAUCCUUACAUGGUGUUGGACAUAGAGUAAGUAUUGUUUUGUGACACUAUUUUUUUGCUUCUAUUUUACAGGAUCUUUCCUAUGGGUUAUUGCAUAGCUUUUGCUGUGUUUUUAAAAUUCUUUCCUCCCUGAUUUUUUGUAAUGUUUUAUACCUAUGGGCCUAAUUAGACCCCAAGGGUCCCAGUUUGGCCCAUGAGAUCAUUUCUCCCAAAUAUUGCCCCUUAAAGUGCCCUCCUAGUUGUUCAUUGACAAGGAAGGCUUCCUGUAGCUGCUGGUCAAGUGAUUGGCAAUAGAGCAGGCCUACAAGGGUUGGCUGGUUUACAGAGGUCCUUGGCUGCAUGGUAGAGUUCCCCAUGGGGAAGUCCAUGGCACAACUGACCCCUGCCCAAAGCAGGGCUUGGUCACUGCCUAUGGGCAGAAACUUCAAGCCCUGCCUGAUUUGCUUUUUGCUUUGUAUUGCAAUUUGAACACCGUAUUUUUCGCUCUAUAACACGCAUCCGACCAUAACAUGCACAUAGUUUUUAGAGGAGGAAAACAAGGAAAAAAAUAUUCUAAACGAAACAGUGGAUGUAUGAUUUUUGUGGUUCAUGCUGUGGCCACAGACAUGUGAUCUGACGGUGAGUUUGAGGUAGCCCAAUGCAAAAAUCCUGAGGAUCCAUGUGGAUCCAUGCUUUGUAACCACGUUUUAAGUGGGGAGGGAAGGAAAAGCACUCAAGGGCCAAGGAACACGCGUGGGGUGGGUGGAGAAGGAUGCUGUUAAUAAUGCCGAAGAGGGGUAUAAGAGAAGCAAGCAGGCUCUGCUUCUCUCCCUCCUCCCCGCUCGCUGAAAAACUUUGCUGCUAUUUAGCCAGCUGAGUGGGGAGGAGAGAGGGACAGAGAGCCUGCUUGCUUUAAAGGAGCCAACUGGACAGGAGCCGCUUACACUCGUGUAAGCGGCUCCUCUCCUCUCCCGCUUUGCUCCUUUAAAGCAAGCAGGCUCUCUGUCCCUCUCUCCUCCCCACUCAGCAGCUCUUCUCCCGCUUUGCUGUUUCAAAGCGAGCCACAGAGGAGGGAAGGAAGGGGAACCAUGGAUCCUCUGCUCACGACUGCAGCAGAUUCCCCCCGCCAUCCGUAGGCAUUCGCUCCAUAACACGCACAGACAUUUCCCCUUACUUUCUAGGAGGAAAAAAGUGAGUGUUAUGGUGCAAAAAAUACGGUAACUACAAAGAAAAAAUGGGUCACCUGACAUCAUUUUACUGUCAGGUGAUAGAAAGAUGGGCCAGACCAGACUUUUUAAUAAUUAUAAUGAAGAAAUAAUUAAUAAAAUUCUGUCCUCAUGCCAUCUAAUCACAGAGAUUUAUUAUGUAAAUUUGUAAUGGUCAAGACUUAACCGAUCCUUUGUUCUAAUUAAAGAGGGCAUACAUACAGUAUGACAUCCAUUUCUUCUUAUUUUGACUUGAUUGCUGUUUGUUUAAAGAAUACAUAGGCAAAGAGUUUAAAUAUUACUUGGAGUAAUAUUUGUUUGCCAGUUUAAAAAAUGUACUGAUUGUAGAAUUUGUACUACUAAGUCUUUAAAAUACUGUAUUAUUAACACAGGUGCAUCUUAAUUUUAAAUUAUUAUUUCAUGUCCAAACUGAACUCUGCUGAAGGGAGAGCUUCCAUAGACUUUCAUAGAUUAGUAUUGUUUACAUUACUGUUUCCUAUCUCACUUACAUUUCUGCUAACUUUCUGCAUGUGUGCUUCUACAGCAAAUUGUUCCAUGUUCGGCCUGUCACACAAACAGAUGUAUACAGAGCAGAUGCCAAAGAUAUCCCUAGGAUAUUCCAGGUAUGCCUUUUAAAAAUUAUGAACAACAAAGGGGGGAGAGGGUAGUAGAAGAUAUCAUGCAUUCCUUAAAUAGUCUGAAUACACCUGACAUGGUAUGGUUUCACUUGAAAUAUAUUCUGAAGUGUAACCAAAUAAAGGGAUUGGGAGUUGCUAUUUUUCUUCAACUGUGGAGUUGGAUGGCAGAAAAGUUAAGUCUUGUAUUACUAAAUGGGUGGAGAUCAGAGUGCCCCACAAGAGGCUCCUUUCUGUAAUUUCAUUCCCGUUUAUGUAUCUCUGGGCUGGUUCAGGUGAGCUCCCAAGUUGGAAAGGGGAGUAUGUCUACCUCAACAGGAUGCUUUCAUGGAAGAGAGGAUCAGGAAGGUGAUUUUCACCCAGUCGUCCUUGUACCCUGCCCCCCUUGAAAUGCUUCUCUGGAGGGUUUGGGACCUUCCAGAAUCCAGCAUGCCUCCCUCCAGUGAGAGCUUCUGCUGGAUCUCAGUCCCUUCUUCUUGUAGAGGCAGGCACUCCUGUUUGCGGAAGGAACACUCUGCAUUCAGCCCAUCACAUCCACCAUGUGGAUAAUAGACGGGAUGCUUCAAACUGUGCAGCCCAUCUGACAUCAUUUCACUUUCUUUUUCAUUGUUUUUUGCUGUCUUUGUUUGUGCUGCAGUUCAACCAAUUUUCCCCCUUUGUAAAACAUGGCUUAUGUGUACCAAGUAUUACUGAUACAGUUCUUUCCAUUUUUGAUUCCAGAUCCUGUAUGAUAAUGAAGGAGAAAGCAAAAAGGAGCAAGAAUUUCCUGUGGAUUCCGCAGGGGAGAAGUCAAACUAUAUUUGCCACAAAGGCCAUGAAUUUAUACCAACACUCUAUCAUUUCCCAACAAAUUGUGAGGCAUGCAUGAAGCCAUUAUGGCACAUGUUCAAGCCUCCUGCUGCUUUGGAAUGCCGCCGCUGCCACAUUAAAUGUCAUAAGGAUCACAUGGAUAAAAAGGAAGAGAUUAUUGCACCUUGCAAAGGUACCUAGCAAGACUAUAGUAUAAAAUGGAUUGGUCUGUUAGAAGAGUCAGAUGCAACUCUUCUGUCUUGUGAAAUGCUAACAAGGUUGCUUAUAAAAGUGAGUUUAGUCAGCUUUAUGCAUUUGGGAUGUGUGGAUGGUUUGUGACCUGGUUCACAUACAACUCUAAGCUAUGGUCUGUUUAACAAAUAACAGAUGAGCAUACAAACCAUGGCUUGUUUCUUCAAAGUUCAGUUUGUUUUCUAGUUGUUCUUGUCUCGUGUCUUUUGCAGCUUAGUGAGCAACCAGGGUGAGAAGACCAAAAAACCAUGGUUUAAAGAAGAGUGCUAGGUUUUCACCUAACACUGAAACCAUAGUUAAAACAAAUCAAGGUUUGUAAAUGAACAACAAACCAUGAGCUCAGGUUAUGAUUUGUUGAUACUAAACAAAUCAUAGUAAGUGGCUAGGGAGGGUUCAGAAGAUCAAAGGAAUCAUGGUUAUUCUUAUUCUUAUUAAAUUAUCUUACUAAACUGGCUUAGCAUUGUGUAUAAACCAAGUUUCUCUGUAAUUUUUAACUGUUUGUGUCUUUCACAACUCAAACCCUUUUGCUUCUGAAAUAUAAUUGAGAGAAAAGGAUGUGUUGUGAUGUUCUGAAUACAUGGAUAAAUGCUAACAUGACUUCUGUGCCCCUUGGCUUUAAAACUUUGUCUUCAAGGAAUCAAGCAAGGUGCCCUAUGUGUUUGGACUUGUUCUAGACAGAACUUUAGCUCUGUCCGCUCAUUUGACCACUGCUCAACAAAGCUUUUCAUCUUUUUAGAGUUAAACCAAAGUUGAGUCUCCUGAUUUCAGCAGGGGAGUUGAGGAUCUUAAGUACGGUACAUAUGUAUGUAUUCUGAUUUUGCUGAUUUUAUUGUGUUUCAGUAAAUUAUGAUAUUUCAACCGCAAAGAAUCUACUACUGUUAGCCAGUUCCACAGUGGAACAGAAGAAAUGGGUGAGCCGCCUAGGGAAAAAGAUUCCCAAAAAGGCUCCAGCACCAGAUCCGUUUGCACGAUCAUCACCAAGAACUUCCAUGAAAAUACAGCCAAACCAAUCAUUAAGACGGCCAAUUAAACCAAUCCAGCUCUCCCCUCCGAGCGAAAAGAAAGAUUUUCCUACCAGGUAAAGAGUGGCAUGUGGGAAAUUGUUAAUAUCCUUGGUUUUCCCUUCUUGCUUUUUAGAUUACUACACUGGACACUUCACAUAAGACAAUUUUAGUUUUUUCUUUGACUGUCUCUAAAGCACGACAUCCUGGCAGCAUUUUACUACUUCACCCACAAUUUAUUUAGCUUCUUGUAGAGUAUGGGAAAUAAAUUGAUGUAAACAAUAACAGGCACUUCCUUAACAUUUAAAUGAUUUUGUAUUGGUUUACACUGCUAUUUUAUCUUUUAUUCCAUAUUUCAUUACAGCAUUGAUUUGCAGAAAAAUAAAAAGUCAUUUAAUGAUAAAUAAAUAUUGUUUUGUUAGAAUGGCAUGAAAUGCAGUGUUUGUGCAUUUCAUGCUCAGCCUUGUUUGUCAGCUGUGCCCUAUAUAAAAUAACAUUUCAGUUUUAUGGUGAAUAUUCAUGUCAAAAAGGCUAUUGAAAUGCCAAAUAUAAAAUGUACAAUAGCUGCUGUAAUCCAGUCUAGAUAAAGUUAGCUACUAUCCGUGCAGCUCAUAAAUCCAUUGUGUGUGUGUGUUAAGUCUGGCUUUCUUGAUCAGGGCCCAUAGUUUUUACUUAAAGCCCAGGUUUUAAGGUGAAUAUUGUUCACCCAAUUGUUACGUUGUGUCAGAAUACUACUAAUCCACUCUUAGGAGGGGAAAGCACCACAUGACAUACUCCAGGAUGUGUGUGCAAUUCUUGAGAUCAAAGCUAUGCUUUGUUAGUUGCAUAUUCUUUAUUGAUGAGACAGGGCUAAGAAAGCACACAGGAAUGGUGUAUAUGGAUUCUAGACUGCAGCCAAUAUGUCACCAUUACUGCAUCAGGAGAAAGUUGCACUAAUUGCCAUAUUAAGAAUUGUUUUUAGUGGACUGUGGCUCAUAAACUUUAAAACCUCAUUUUACAGAUUAAUUGAUGUGGCAUGUAGAGACUGGGAUUGGUCAUUUGAUGAUAUUGAUUUUGAUAUUGAUUUUAAUAUUGAUGAUGCUGGGAACGAUAACGAUCUUGAUGAUAGCGAUGAUGAUGAUAACGAUGUGUUUGUUCUGAAGAGGUAAAUGGGUGACUAUCUGCAGGAGAAUGGAUUGGCUUUCUUAAAACAAAGCAUGCUGUUUGGAUUUCUCUCAGCAGUCAAAGUGUGCCAGCUUAAAAACUCCCAAAAGCAAUUUUACGACAAAUGCAAAAAAUAUUCAACGAUGCAUGCAUCUAACUUCUGAAGUAUUUUGAAAAUGUAGUUCUCAAAACCCACAUGGCCAUCUGUGUUGUAAGAUGCUCUUCAACUGUGUAUUACUAACUUUCUGCAAAAAACAUUUUUUUAUUUUAAAAAAUGUAUGUUUAAGUUUUUUAUAUGUUGCUCCAGGCUCAAAUGUGGGCAGCAACAUAUAUAUGUUUUGAAGUGUGGUGCAGCUUUUAUUUUAGCUGAUGACUUGCAUACGUAUUGCAUUCUUUGGUAGUGCUGUGAGAACUUGAUAUGCUUUUUUUGCAUCGGUGUGCCAUUUUUAUUUUUAUAACAGCUCAUUCGUGAUAGAAGGGACCAAACCUCGGUACAAGAAGCUAGCAUAGAGCAAGCAUAGAGCAAGCCCCAGCGUGAGUUAAGGUAGCGUAAAGUGCUGGCCAAGCUGCCCCAAGCCUUGCAGAGGGAAAACAAGCCUUUAAAAUACUGUUUGGGUUGCAUCACCCUUUUUGCUGGCCAAACCUAUGCUGGCUUCUAAGAUCAUGUGACCAAGCUGGAGAGUUUUAUGAUCUAGCCAAAGUACCCCCUCUCUGGUCCUGCUGCCAUAUGCCCGUGGGACAACACCCCCCCCCCAAUUUCAGGGUUUACACCUGUUUUCCGGUCAACCAGACUUGGCUUAGCUGGCUGGGUCCCAGCUGAGCCAAGAAGAGAGACAUACGCUAACUUAUUUCUGACCAAGACACAUAUGAAGAAGUUAAGCUGGCAUACCUUGGCUUCAUCCAGAACCUCCUGGCUCAGUUGGAUACCCACACUCAUCCCAGCAGAUCUCGCUAUAGGAUUGCUCUCUAAGUUGCUUUGUAUUGGAGCACCCAUGUUGGAAACUCUUUCCCCAAAGCAAAUAUGGCCAUCCCUGAGGAGGAUGUUGGAACACUCCUCCACCCUGGUCAGCCAAGAAAUGCUAAGACUUUCAACCCAGAGUUUCUUUUUGGUGAAAUACCUGUAUUUUUCUUUACUUUAGUAGUUUUUUAAAUACGAAAAUAGGAACUGCUAAAAGCAAAAAAGACACACCCUCCCCACAACUCAGCAGCUGCAUUCACAUUGGAAGCAAAAUGGGGCUCAAAACUAAGAGAUACAGAAGUCUCGUCUUGAACCCUUUAAGGGGGUAAUGGUGGUCAAAAUCACCUUAAAACCAGGAAGAGGAGGGCUGUGUAUGCCUGCUGCCCUUGAGCUGUUUGGAAAACUUAUUUUGCCUGGUGCCCACUGCUGUUUGUUUAAAGGGAAGAAAGAAACAAAGAGUCUUCAUCCUUCUUCUAAGACAGGAAGGGAACAGGAGAUCAAACAGAUGUCCUAUCAAACGAUUUCAAAGCAGGUUGGAAGACACCCUUGACUUGUUAGGCUGUCCCAGGCUGGUGGGAGGCCCAGCAAUUUCCCAAUGCUGCUUUUGGCUUGGAUCUUGUUUGGGAGCCUGCAGGCCAUAGAAUUAAUUUCACUGUUUUCAAAUAUGUUUUCUAGAUUUUACUGACCAGAUCCAUUUUUUAUUCUUUUUCAGCUAACUGCCUCCUAUGAAUAUUAUCACUAUUGGAGUCGAUAAGACUGAACCAUCAUAUUCCUGGGGUUACGAAUAUAUAUAUAUAGGUGUUUCUGAAAGACAGUUCAAGUAUAAAUAGAUAAGAAGUUUACAGAGGUGUGUGUGUGUUUUGCUGCAAUACAACAUACUAAUAAUUCCUGUGUUGUUUUUUUAAUGUAAUCCCUCUGGAUGACUGAGCAAGUUAGGAAUGGUUGGUGAAUAGUACAAGGAUACUCUCAGAUUCUGUUCUACAAAUUCUUUCUGGGAAAGACUCGCACUACAUGUCACAAGAGGAAUAAAAGGAGUGGGGAAACGUAAUGAACCCAUCUCUUGGUCAGUUUUUUUUAUAGAGAAAUGCAACCAGCAAUUUUGCCAGAAAAAAGGGCGAUAAGGAGGGUCUGACACACUGAUGAAGACAGCAUCUUAAAGAAGUGACCAUUAUACUGUGUGUGUAUGUGUUUUGGUGUGUAAAUAUGUAUAUUGUACUGUAAUGCUGCAAGAGGGUUAAAAAAAAACUUUCCACUUUAUUUUUUAUACAUAUUAUUCAUAUACCAUUACCUGCAGUUGCAACUAUGCACAUGUAUAAAGCCAUACUGUUGAAUUUUGCCAUUCAUUAUCUGUAUAUCAAAGGCUGCAUGUCUGUGUUCAGCAGCGACAUAUAAUAAUAACUUCCAAGUAUAUAUCCAGUUACUACUUAAUGGGCAGUCCUCUUUUACCAGUCUUGAAUGCCUUAAAUUAAUGUCAUUUCCUUAAAGUCUGUGCCCAUUCUAGAUAUUUAAGAGAGAUAAAGGAUGCAGAGGUUUGCCAGCUCUUAGGAUGCAAUUUUGCUUUGUGGCAGAACAAUAUAGUGCACUAUGUUUACAAUAUAAUAGUUUAUAUCAAUGUCAGUCUAUUCUGAAUGUAUAUCUAAAUAGGGAGGGGAGGGGAGGGGAGGGGAGGGAGGGGUCAGUUGAGUAAUGGUUUCAAAAACAAUGAUCUGGUAGUAUUAGAACUAAUAUAUAGCUUUCAUGCUUAGGCAUAACUUCCCAUCCACCCUUUGUACAAACCUCAGUAUUAGUCAUUGGUUUUAUAUUACCCUUACUAAGUGCUGCAAAACAUCAUUCUGCCUUUGUUUGUUUUUUGCAUACUAUCUAUUUUUACAUUUUCACCACACAAUAUCUAAGGACUGUCACCAAUCCUUAACGAUUGAAACAUACUGUAGAUGUAUUUUAAACUUCUUGAAUCCUGUUCUCUUAGCACAUAGCAUUUGGAAUAGGAAAAUAAUUUCAGUUGUGUGUUUUUGAGAACAUAUGCGAGGAAAGGGCCUUAGAGGCACUUAAUCAGAUUUUUUUAAUAAAAAAAUUUGAUUUUGUACAAAAUAUAAUUUAUGUGAGAUUUUUAAUGCCGUGUCCAUAAUUUAUCCAGAAAAAUGCAUGUUUUAUACAACUACAGUAUGCUAUAAUGUUAAAACAUGAUGGCAGUAAAAAAAAAGGAAAAGAAAAAAGAACUAUUGUAGCCUCCUCCUUGGUCUCUCUCUCUUUUUUUUCAUAUGUUUACAUAUAUUUGCAUAUAUAUGUUGUGUGCUAGUGCUAAUGAAAUACAGAAUUAACAUUUGAAUGAAGGAAAUGAGACAUUUCACUAGGUUGUUUUCCUUAGUAGAUAUUUGAAAGGAGAGAACCAAGAUUUAUUUAACAUCUCAACCAAAAAAAUUGGAUUUCCACCCAAUAGACACCCAUAAGGUACAAUUCACCAAACAGGACCCCACUCCCCUUUAGUUUUCAGUUGCUUCAGGAGGGCUUGUGCAGUAGAAUGCAGUAAGUUUGAGCUCACUACAAACUGGGAUCUUCUCUCAUUCAAACCCCCUUGAAAUAAGAAAGAAUUUGUUUUACUGAGUCACGCAUGGAAAGAAGAUCCACUGGCAUGGGCCUAUAAGUACAUCUUUCCACUAAACCACUGUGACUCACCAACCAUAUAUUCAGUUAUACUGUUUAUACACACACUAGGUAUGAGAAGCUGUGCAUCCCAUAAUUUAAAAUAUACCUUUAUCAUUUCAGUUAUCUUUAAGCCCCAAUGGCACAGCAGGAGUUUAUCAUUUUACCUGCUUGUUUUGAAUAGUGAGAGUAUAGCAUAUUUUUAAAAAUGCAUAUUUUGCAUACAAAACUUAUUUUUAAAACAUGUAUACAAUAAAAAUUGUUUCCAUUCACUGAAGGCAUACAUAUUUUAUAUAAAAUUGUUAUUUGUGGGAAGUUCUGAAUUGGAAGAAAUAUAUAUAUAUUUUUAAAUAAACUAUUUGAGUAAGACUA